UUGCCAGCCAUCUUUUUUGGUGCCUAGACAGGGGAGGGGAGGGGGUCCAAAGUAACAGCCGCUCGUAUGCCCUGUAGAGCCCUGAAAGCCAACAAUCACUGCUUAGUGUAAGGGGGUCGAAGGGCAAGUUGAGCAGAGCUGGGCACAUCUGUCCCACUUGCCAAGUCCAGAGGGCUGCUUUAGCUGACGUAGAGCAAAUGAUUGCUUGUGCUAUGGCAGCUGAGCAUGUUCAAUGGAUCUGGCUGGCUGGCUACAGAGGAUCAAGAUCUGGAAUCCUGGCUGCUGUUCUGCACGUAGCGUGGUAAGGCCGCUGCUGUUUACUGUGACAGAUACUCACUCUCUCCCUUUUAUAAACAUGGAUGUUUACAUUUAAAGUGCUUUCAGACCACUCUGAGCAAUAAUGGUUUCUCCCUAAGAAUCUUCAGAACUGUAGUUUAUCAAGGAUGCUGAGACUUGUUAGGAGAUCUCUACCCCCCCCCCCACUCCCAGCUACAAUUCCCAGAGUUCCCUGGAAAGAGGGAUCUAUUGCUAAACCACUCUGGGAAUUGCAGAGAGGAAUAGGAAUCUUCUAUCAACUUCUCAGUGUGCUAAAGAAACAGCAGUUUCCAUGACAAGUGGUAUGGUACUACUUUAAUUGUGCAGAUGGGGCCACUGCAUGCUACAAUUACGACAUAUUUUCAUUGUGAACAUACAGUUUUGGGAAAGCAGUUUACCGUCUGCUUUUUAAAUGGUUCUUAUAAAACUUCGGUGACUUUCCAGUUUUUAAGAAUUCUCCUGCAUGUUUAAUGUGAGCUUAGUUUGUAAAGUGGUGACAUUGUGCUUCACUUUCCCAGCAAACUGAACUUAAUAGUGUCCAUUCCUAAAUAAUAUUGAAUUUAGCUCUCUGCCCCUCCUCCACCCCACAUUUCAUCCCUAUCUAUAAUAUUGAUGAGUAUAUAGGGUUUAUUUUUAGGCAGAUUUUUGGAACAAAGCUUAUAUUUCUUACCUUGAAAAGGUAAAACAACAACAACAACAACAGAAUAUUGAUAUUGUUAGACCUGCAUGUUAUCUGUACACUUUAAGCUUGUUAGUCAAAGGGCAUUUGGGCUAGAAGUCUAAAAUGGUUUACUCUAGAGCAGCCUCCACUGAGGAGGCUUGAUAUGUGUGGCUCAAUGAUUAAAUCUUAUGAGCGGUUUGCAACUGAGUAGACCCACUGAAAUUCAUUAAUGUGACAAAGUUAGGUCCAAUAAUUUCUUUGUAGGUCUACUCUAAAACUUUGUUGAAUACUUCCUCAGGUGUCCUGUCACAGUCUGUAUAGCCAUUCUCCAGAAGCACACAUACACACUGUAAACACAGGGUAACAUUUUCCCCCUGUGUGUUUCUCUUUAAACGUGAAAAAUCAGUUUUGCGAAUUUUGAAAAGGAAAGAGCUGAUAGUGCUAUUCCCGCACCCCACUUUUUUGUAAAUAUUCAUUGUGCCAAAUCCUGACUGUUUUGUUUGAACUCAAGUGAGUUUAAAGGGCAGUUUGAAUGUGCCUUAUGAGACUAAAACCCUCCGGAGUGAGGUGGAAUUAAGAUUUGUACAGAGUCCCUUGGAUCGUGAUCUAAAUUUCUAAACCUUUGCAAGCAGCAAGAAAUAAUUUCACCAAUGCAUUGUAAAUUCCUGCCAGACAGUUUAGCAGUAACAUAAAAAAGAAAGAGCAUUUUAAAACAUGUGUGGACAAAAGCUACUUGUUCCAGGUUAUGAAAAUUUAAUGUUUGCAUCAAAUAAAAAAGCAUUUUAUCUUGUAAAGUAGAGAAAGCAUAAUUAUUAUUGUGUUAUAAAUUUUAUUCCUUUCAUGAAUAUGUCUAAAAAGUGCAAAAAAAUAUAAAUCAUUUGUAUAUAUUUCAACGUCUGCAAGGCUUGGCUCAGCCAAUAAACUUGGUUGCAUAACAAAUUUUGGCAUGAUGUGUUUGUGUGACUUCAAGAUUCAUAAUGCUCUUAAGUGUGUGAGUUGUCAGCAAGUACUGUGCGCAGAAUAGUCUUGAAUGUUGAUAGCAACACACAUUGAUUUGGGCCCCAUCUGUACUAUGCAGUACAUUUAAAGCAGCAGCAUACCACUUUAAUCAGCUGUGACUUCCUGCCCAAAGAAUUCUGGGAGUUGUAGUUUUUUGAGGGUGCGCUCUCUUCCCCUCACAGACCUACAGUUCUCAAAGUAGUUUAUCAGUCACUUCCUCUUCCCAGAGACCUCUGUGAAUUGUAGCUCUGUGAGGGAAAUAAGGGUGCUGAGCUUUGUUAGGAGACCCUAACAAGCUAAAGCUCCCAGGAUUCUCUGGGGGAAGUCAUGACUGCUUCAAGUGGUCUGAGGACCCUUUAAAUGUAUAGUGCAGAUAGGGCUCUGGAUAUGGGGUACAAUCCAGGCAGAUGUUUUCUUGUGCAUGCCCUGUUAAAAAUGAAUGGGACCGACAUAAUGACUUUGCGGUGUUCUUGCACAACUCCCAUUUGUUGCAGUUGGCCUUGUGCAGGAGAACUCCUUUGCGGGAUCAUGACCUUGAACAGUAAACGCCACAUUCCUGUUUACUCUAAAGUCAUCAGAACUAAACUAUAAGCAUAUUGCAUACAAGUAAUGGUUUUCUGGCGUUUUUCAAUCAAUACUGUAAUAACCUGUUUGCUCUACAAUCAGCAAUAUGUUCUUACUAUGCUAAUCUACAAUAAUUUUUAAUUUGCAAUGUGAGAUUUUAAGACACACUUUACAGUAAGGUUAACUGUCGCAGUUGAGUGGAAAUGAAAAUACAUUGAUGUUUCUGUCGCAUUAUUUAUAUGUGUGUUGUUUUUAAAGCAAAUCCUUUCAAUUCAGUGGACUCUCUGUUGCACACUUUUUCAGAUGACGGUUGCUGCUGGUACGAGCAUUGAGAAUAACAUUCAAAGGACCAUAUCCUGCCCUAAUGUAUGUUCUACAUAUCUUGGAUUUUUGUCUGAUUAUAAAUGCAAAAUCUCAUUAUGUGAAUUUGCUCUUCUGUCAUCUUACGACAUCAUGUUCAUUCCAGGCAUGCUGUGUAUUAUACUACAAGUGAAGGAUCUAAGCUGGUUACUGAAUUGCCGUUAAAGCAUUUCUCUUAUAAUUUGACAGCUUUGCUAGUAAUGUCUGUGAUUACAUUGCCACAGUUCUCUCAGAGUUGCUUCCUUCCAGCGCAGUGCUCUCAUCAUUUGGAACAAAGGAUGCAACACCUCAAGCCCAUGUUUAUUUAACUUCUAUACUUGACUUGAUCACCCAAGGAACUAAAGUUGUUCUUUCUUGGUAAACCUUAUUCAUAAGCUUGUAGUACAGUAGCAGUCUUUGCAUUCUACAUAAUCCGCUAUCACCCCAACAACAACAGCCACUUGCAGAAAAUGAAUAAAUUUGCAUUUAUCAUAUACUGAAAUAUUCAGGUAGGUAGCCAUGUUGCUCUGACGCAGUCGAAAUAUAUAUAUAAAAAAUAAAAAUUGUCCAGUAGCACCUGAGAGACCAACUAAGUUUGUUCUUGGUAUAAGCUUUCGUGUGCAUGCACACUUCUUAGUUAGUCUCUUAAGGUGCUACUGAACAAUUUUUUUAUAUACUGAAAUAUAACAUCUCAGAUGUAUCCUCUAGGAUACUCAAUGACUCUGCUUCCUGCUGUUUCCUUCCCACCCCAGCAUACACACAAGAUAAGAAUAUAUAUAUGUAUAUAUGUAUAUAUAUAUGAGAAAACCGGUCAAAAUCUGGAACAAAAGUUAAUAUAUUCUUGAAUCAUUUACAUAUGUACAGGACAGUUAUUUGAAUAAGCAGAUUUCAAUCAUCCAUAGAAGUCACUAUCGGAGCAGCCUCUUUGGUUUUAUUGGCAGGGCAAUCCUAUAGGUCAGGGAUGUCCAACAGGUCGAUCUUGAUCUACUGGUCAAUCUCAGGGAGGUUUUGGUAGAUCGUAGUCAAUCACUGGCUCCUCCAUCUGGCCGUGCCCCCUCGCCCCGCCCUCUAGAUCGCAAUACCAGAAGACGAAGCUCUCGCUGUGAUGCUGACUGUUUCACUAGCGAUCUCCUUGUGAGCGCCUUUUUUUCCCAUUCCUUCGCCCUGACACCCCCCCCCCCAUGGGAUUUUCCUCCUUAAAAGGGGAGGGCUUUCCUCCCUAAGAAAAGCUCAACAACUUUUGACCUGAACCCCACAAAAGGGGGAGAUCACUGCCAGUAUUUAAUUGUGUGAGUAGAUCACAAUCUCUUAGAAGUUGGCCGUCCCUGCUAUAGGUGUUCUGCUCAGAUAUCAGCCCCACUGAAUUCUAUGGAGCUAAUUCCUGAUUAGUGGGUAACCUCUGCACCCUUGCUUGGGAGUAAGCUCCACUGAACUCAUUAGGUCUAAGUAAACAAGCCCAGGACAGUACUGUAACUAGGGACAUUUUGGGCUUUUUAAGCAUACAAACCUAGGGCCCAGUUAUAUCGUAAGCAUUUUUCAGUUGUAGUCUUCAUUCCUUUUGUGCUGACUUUAAACCAUGCUGCCACAGGCUGAGGUGGCUGUGUAACUGAUGUGGGACAAUCACUGAGAACACCCUAUUAUGAGUGCCCACCAAUGAAAUAUUCUUCAUAUAGAGGAACUUACGGAGGAAUUCUGAUGCAAAUCUCAGGCUAGUAUGGGUGAAGUUAUUUCCUUAAGUAACCAGAAUCCAGCUUCUAGAAAGCUUAGUAUGUAGCAGUAACGAUAACAAAGAGUCUUGUGGCAUAAACUUUUGUGGAUUAGGGCAUCAUAAGCAUGAAGUCUUGUCUUCAGCUGGCACAUAUAUGCAUACAUGUUAAUCCCAUACAUUGGUAUAGAGAAAAAAUGGUAAACAGUGAGGUCAAAUGGCAGUGAAAUACUUAAAGUACAGGCUGUUGUCAUUCUAUAUAUAGUUUAAGAUAGGCAAAGUUACCAUUCACAACAAAAGUAUUUUAAAAUAUUUAACUUAACAAUAUCAGGUUGAUUAUGUUAACACACAUAGUGGGACAUUGUCUCUGUUGAAGCCUAAAAAUUGAUAGAUGAAUGGCCACUCUCAGGUCAGCAGUGGGUAAUUAUGUCUUGGGUAAUUAAAAUUUUCCAGAACUGAUUUCUAAGUGUUUCCCCUCUAUGAUGUCAGAUUUGUGUCUAUAUAUUCUUUUGCAUAGAAACUUAUCUGUUUGUCCUAUAUAGGAAGCAGAAAAGCUUUGCUGGCAAGUAAUAACAUAUUAAAAGAUGGGCCGAUAACUGUUGCAAAUUAUGUUACUUGAUCCUGUAACAGCAUUAUUAACAGCAUCUGGGUUUGUUGCAGAGUCUGGUCUCUCUCUUUGCUAGGUGGCCUGUUGUUAAUAAUGUUGUUGUAAUAUAGAUCAGAUUUGGGGGAUCAGAAGAACUCCAUACUUGGGCGUACUUAGUUGUCAACAAUAUGCUAGCAAAAGCUGUUAUUUCCUUUACAGGCAUUCUUUGAAAGUGGUCUUCAUUGCAGACCUCAGUUCACCACCUCUCCUAUGUCUAUUCAGUUUUAUUCGUUAUUAGUCCUAUUAGUGGAUAUUCUUUGCAUGAGAAAAGCUGGACUAUGAAAUGAAAACUAAAAGCACUUAAGUACUCUCUUUCCCAAGUAAUAUUGGGCAUGUACCCCUAAAUAAUAAGAGGCACCAUUCUGGAAUUUUGUAUUUCACAGAAUGUUAUAGUUUUGGAAAACCUGAUCUGGCUUUCCUUGGUCUCUAAGACUGGGUUCCUUUUUCCUACGUCCCGUAUGAAUUCCCUGGAAUUUUAUUUUUAUUCAGUUUAAUGUGGAUUUAUACUACUGCAUUACUAGCUUUGUUUUUUUUCUUUAAAUGAUAGUGUUCCCUUUUUUUAAUGUUGUACAACUUAAAUUUGCUAUUCAUUAGUACCAACUCUUUCCCCUCUGUCAUACCACAGUCCUUUUCAGAAAUGAAUCUAUAUGUACUGAAUGUGUGCAGGAUCAUGGCAGCACACUCUGCCCCUGAGCUUGGGUGCCUUCAUUUGCUGGUUGAAAUAGAGCCUACAGAUGUAUGCAACUCUGUAUAAUAUAGGGAGCUCUGCGAAAACAGUGUUCAAUAUGGAGACGAGCCUAGGUUGCUUAAGGCAUAAUGCUAAACCAUUGUCUAGGCAAAUCUCAGACUCUCCUCCUCCAGUGCUCCCGCAAGAAGGAGCUUGCACAGUUUCAAUUCUGUGGCAGAUUAACUGAUAGCCUGCUGUGUUGUCCCAAACCCUCACAAACUCCGGUUAAGCCCUAACAGUGGUUGGUGAAGCAUGCCAAUUUCAAACCAUUGUUUUAAGCAACCGGCUUAUCAAAAUAUAGUUAAGGUAAACCACAGUUUAGGUGACAUACUAAACUGUGGUUGACCAAGAUCAGAAGAUUCUAAUCUCUUCCUUACAGCCAUGCUGGAGGACAAGAGAGGCAUUGGAUUAACUAAUCUGAAAUAAGGACUACUCUGCUUCAAUUUUCACCAUGGCCAAUUCAGAUCUAAAAUUCCCCAUCCUAGAAAGCUCUGUGCAGUAACCACAGUGAGUUUGGUAGGGUUUCUCGCAGAUAAUGGACUCCAAUUUUUGUGUUUGUUUUUUAGAUGAACAAUGCAGACCAAUGCAGCUACUGUUCUGGAAAACAGGUGAAAGUAAUUCCUUUCUGUUUUUAGUGUGAUAUAUAUAUUUACACACAUAUACACACAUUCACGUGGAAGAAACCUUCCAAAGAAGGUUGGUCUCAAAUAGCAAGGGUUGGGUGGAGAGAGUAAUGUAUACUAUAUAGAAAGUAAGGGAAACACUUUAAAACAAACCAGCGCUGGAUCUGGACACAUCAAAGAAGCGUGUCAGUUUAAAGUAUUGUAAAUUUAAACAGGGAAAACAAGUAGAGAAAAACGGGACUCCACAUUGCCAUCUGGUGGCACAAUGUUAUAUCACAUAUACAACGCAUAUAAAUCACUUUUUCUUUACCAGUCUGGCUGAGUCCCAGGAGAAACAAAGUGGAACGCUGUUGUAAUGGAAGAAUAGGGCAGCUCCAGUUUAGCACUAAGUCACUCAAUCCACCAGUGCAAGGAUUUGUACAACUGAAUUCCCUCCCCCCACCCGUCUUCUCCCCCUGUAACUCCCUAAAUCUGUUCUGGGGUUUUCCCCAACCCUCCAGAGCACUUUUGGGGAGGGUGUGGGAUGUUCAUGGGAGGAAAAGAGGCAGGAAAGUUCUGUUGCACAAGCAUAAAUCCUUGCACUAACAGAAUUGAGUACAUUGGAUAACUGCCCAUUAGCAUGUGAAUACAAUGAGGUUGUGGCCACUGGCUGCCUUCCUGUUUUCCAUUCCAGCUUUCAAAUAUAUGUGGCCACGGUGAGGACAGAAAGUACAGUCUACUACUCGCCCUCCACACAUUGACAGAACUUCUGACAAGCACUGAUUCACUAAAUUGUGUUUUGCUUUGCAAGUUUAUUUGAGUUCAAAAGCAACAUGUCCCUGAUUCAGAUGAUAUAAGUAGCUAGUUGUACAUUGCAGCUAGUAGCUCUCGAAUGGGCAUGUGUAUCUUCAUCUGCAUUCAAAAGAUACAGGCUGCCAACUCAGCUGGGACUAGAUUAGUAGUAAAAGGUGGUAAUGAAUAUACCCUGAUUCUGCCUGUGAAUCUUGCUUCCUUGAGCAUGUCUCUUUACUGCAUUGUAUCUGCUUCUUCUUCUUUGGCGAUCAGUCGUAGCCGAGUAAGAUUGUCUUCCAUGAACAUGGUUUUAACAAUGAGUCCAUAAGUGACUGUGGAGGCCAGUUCUGGACCCACACGUCCUUCCACAGUGGGGACAUUGGUUUCCUGGCGGGAGUUGAUCACGGUGUGGAUUUGCCAAGCAUGCCUUCCUCUUAGCACGUUUAUCCCUUGCAUCCUAAGUUCAAGUGUCUUCAAAGCCCAUGACACAUUUGGUAAAGGCUGUUCUCCAACUGGAGUGCUCACAAGCCAGUGUUUCCCAGUUGUCAGUGUUUAUACUACAUUUUUUUCGCUUUGCCUUGAGACAGUCUUUAAACCUCUUUUGAGUAGUAAUCUUGCCAAGAUUCUUCUUAUUUGGUACAGAUUCCAAGAUUCUGCUUAUUUGGUACAGAUUCUAUUUUCAUGCCUUGAAAAUAUCGCAGUUGUGUGAGCAGAAAAGCCACACUGAUGGUGUAAAGAGAAGUGUGAAAAUUUUAAGCAAUUAAAAAAGAAAAUGAUGAGAUAACAGACACUGUGGUGGGGUUUAUGCCACUUACAACUUUCUAGAAAAUUAGCAAGCCAGACUGCUGUUGGUUUUUUUACCAGUUUGGCACUGCUACAUAUCCUAUUUAUUUAAAACGUAUACCCUGUCUACUUGCUCUGCAAGAGCUCUUAAAUCAGCUUACACUGCAAUUCAAAAUACAAUUCGAAAUUAUGCUGGCCAUGGGCUUCUUCAUAUUGCACCAGAAGAAGGGUUGGGAAUGCAUAUGAGAUUGUACCUAUAGGCUUAUAACUUGUCUUGAGAUCAUAAGAACAGCAGAUCUUUGGUGGAUCAGACCUUCCAAACCAGCAUCCACCUUUCUAUCUCAUCCAGAAUCCUUUGGUGGAGGGUCCAUAGCUCAGUGGUAGAGCGUCUGUUUUGCAUUCAGAAGUUCCCAGGUUCAAUCCCCAGCAUCUCCAGUUAGGACUAGGAAUCCUCAAAAUACUGGAGCCUCUUCCUCAAAUGUUGGAGGUCAGCUGGAAGACACUGUAGACCAGGUAUGGGAAACCUGUGGCCCUCCAGAAGGUGUUGGACUCCAACUCCCAUCAUCCCCACACAGAAUGGAUAAUUGCCAGGGAUCAUGGGAGUAAUAGCCCAACAACAUCUGGGGGGUACAGGUUGCUGAAAUAGCCUUGGCCCAGUAUAUCUGAAGGCACGUCUCCACCCCCAUUGUUUAGCCCAGACACUGAGAUCCACCUCUGAGGGCCUUCUGGCGGUUCCCUCACUGCGAGAAGUAAAGUUACAGGGAACCAGGCAGAGGGCCUUCUUGGUAGUGGCACCUACCCUGUGGAACGCCCUCCCAUCAGAUGUCAAGGAAAUAAACAACUACCUGACUUUUAGAAGACAUCUGAAGGCAGCCCUGUUUAGGGAAGUUUUUAAUGUUUGGUGUUUUAUUGUAUUUUUAAUAUUCUGUUGGGAGCCGCCCAGAGUGGCUGGGAAAACCCAGCCAGAUGGGCGGGGUAUAAAUAAUAAAUUAUUAUUUCCAUGCUGAAGGCACUGCAUCGCUAGCUGGACUAAUAGUCUGACUGUAUAAGGCGGUUUCCUAUGUUCCUUCCCAGCCCAAUAUGUUUUUAAUAUUUUUGUAAUAAAAUAACAUUCAUCAAUGCAGUGGUACCUCUGGUUGCGAACGGGAUCCGUUCCGGAGGCCCAUUCGCAACCUGAACAGAACACAACCUGCGUCUGCGUGGGUUGCGAUUCGCCGCUUCUGCGCAUGCCCGUGACUGUACCAACAAAUAAUGUAUAGUCCCCAUAUAUCAACAGUGUAAGUAGAAGUAACAAAAUUUAAGACGUCCAGCUACUCCUGCUUAUUUAUGGAUAUAAGUAGCUGUGUCAUGGGUAGUUGAAGACUUGGCAAUGCAGUCAAUGAUUUAGUUUUCUGACAGUGUCCCUGCUCAGUUUUUUCCUUUUAACAUGUGAUUGACAUAAGUGAGGUUUUGUUCCUUUGCUUCCAAUAGUGGCUAACCAGGUACCAGGCAGGGGGUGAAAGCAACCCUGCUUUCCUCUUCUCCUUGUUCGCAUCUGAUAUUCAGGACGAACAAGGAUGCUCUAUUGGCUAUCAUGGCUUAAUAGGCCUUUUUGUGACUAAUAUUUUUUUCUAGCCUACACAGGCUGCACACAGCCAACUAACUUGGUAGCAAUCACUGUAUCUCGUGCGUCUAAAUUCCAUGAUGCUUUGUGUGCUAUUGUACUUCGUUUUGUCAAUUUUGAAGCUACUGCUGAUCAGUAGGUAGGUUCCCUUGUUCAGGUAGUAACCAAUAACCAAUGCCCCAAGGCUAAACAUGUGGAGACUCUGAUAGCUUUUACCCAUAGAUUGCUACUGAAAAGUCCCAUUAGUUUCAGCCAGCCUUCCUUUCAAGUAAGUGUGCUUAGCAAGGCAGUCUUUUUCUUGUGGCCCCAUUGAGCAUCCAUCCUGGAGUGCAUUUUGCACCUAGUCACAGAUAGCCAGAGCCACCUGACAGGUUGUUUCCUCUGGCUUCACAGCUAUAAUUAGAUAGAAUCAUGCUGUUAGAAAAGGUGGAUGAUAUCCUAUGAGUCAAUUGCAUGACUAUUCAUAUGGACUCACGUACUCCUCUCACAACCCCAGUGAAGUUUGCCUUUGUAAUGUCUGUCUCUUAUCGGACCUUUUUUAAAAAAAUACUGCACGCCCAUACUAGGAUUAGAGCCAAAUAAUCACAACCUCACAUCUUUCCCGCUGCCCACAAAUCCCCCAAGUUAUCUCUUUUUAACCGCAUGUUCCCCUGUUCCUGAUCCUCUCUAGUCCUGCUCUUUGCUGCUGUCCAAGAUCCUGCAACUCCAGCUCACCCUGUCAUCCACCUGACCAGCCACGUUGGCUAUCCAUUGUGCCCCUUGUGGUCAGGACAGAGCACCUCUAGUUAUUCAGCUUAAUACAGACAGACCUUGGAAGUCUAACGGAAUCCAUUCCAGAAGUCCAUUCGACUUUCAAAAUGUUCGACUUCCAAGGCACGGCUUCCGAUUGGCUGUAGGAAACUCCGCUGGAUGUUUGGCUUCCAAAAGAAUGUUCAAAAACUGGAACAAUCACUUCUGGUUUUUGAUCAUUCGUGAGCUAAAAUGUUCGGCAAAUAAGCCAUUUGAAUUCCAAGAUAUAUGAAUAUACAACUUGAAAGCACCUAUGUCUCUUUCUGUGCACUAAACAAUAUUUUCCAGUGUUUCUGAUCCUGCAGAAACAGCCCAUUGCAUGUAAGAUCUAUACAAACAUUAAACUGAGCAGGUCAGUAGCAGGGCUGUUACUCACCGUCUUGCUGCUUUCCCCCAAUACAAUGUAGUUAGGGAGCAGAGCCAGAUCAGUGUAGUGAGUAAUGAUAUUGCAUUCUGUUUUAAACAGUAGAUCACUGGACGUCUCUGGUAGAUCACUGGUAGAUCACUGGCUCUCUCCAAAGCUUGGCUCCCUGAAAAAAAGCUCAACAUUUUUGCCCUGCACCCCAAAAAAGGGGGUAGAUCACUGCCAGUCUUUAACUCUGUGAGUAGAUUGCAGUCUCUUGGGAGUUGGCCAUCCCUGCUAUACUGGAAGGAAGGUGUCUGUGUGGCAGCUGUGAAGAAGGUACAGUCUCUCUGUGGAGUUUGCAAGGUCUUCAUUGCGGCAGUCAGCAGACUCAGCAGUCCUGGCUUCUUUUUUAUGGUUUCAGAGCAAAGACAUAUCAACGAUUGCAGAGGGCAAGGCUCAAGGGCCUGCUCUUGGGUAUAUUCAAGAUUAAAUUGCAGAGCAGCAGCUCAUUUUGAGAGCAUUCGGCCUGGCUGUUUUUUAUACCUCAUCAUAUACGGAGGUCUAAGGGCUCCUCUAGGAAUAAUCACGCAUGCUUGGAAAUGCAGUCCUAGUUCUCGUUAAGGUGCCAGGUCUGGAUCUGGGUUGCACUCCUUCAGACAGCAUGCAAGCAGGGGGGUGGGCAGUGUCACCUGAAUGAAUGCUGCUCCAUACAAAAGCGGCUGUGUUAAUGAUGGCAACAAGCACUGCAUGGGCUCUAGACAUCAGGAGUAAGACAUUUUGGAGGAGCAGGCAGACACGGCAUGAGAAGGCUCAGUGAGAAUUAGGCCACAGCCUCUCCCCCACCCCCUUCCAAUGGUGCCUCUGGCUCUACAGUAACACAGUUGGCAGUGCAGUUUUUGGAAGUGUGCCACAAAAGCUAGCAAAAUGCAGCCUGACUUGACAAAAAGGUGACAGAAAGAGGGAAGCAAAAUAGAAGGAGCUGUUUACGGAGACACCUGAGCCUUAAAGCUUAAGAGGCAGCUCAUGCAACACAGGGAUAGGAUUUUAAGUGAUGAGCCCUAAAGAACAGUCAUUGCACCCAGAACAUGUUACAGCCAAACUACUAUUACAUGCAGAAAGACACACAGCAAUUUCCAGGCCCCCUCCCUUUUUAAUUUCUUUCUUUCUUUCUUUCUUUCUUUCUUUCUUUCUUUCUUUCUUUGCAAGAAAAGCCGUCAUAGGCAAGGAGGAAGAGCAGAGAAGUAUCUCAGAGUUGAUUACUCUUCCCUUGCCACCCCAGUCCAAGCAGUUUCGGUGAUAAUGCCUAAAGUAGAGCUUUUCAUAUUUAUUUUGCUGAAAUAAGUUGUAUUGGAUGUUGUGAAUGGGUUUGCUACAUAGUAACUCCAGUGUACAGAGCGGGUGAGAAUGAAAAGAUCCAGUUUGAAUAAUCCUAACUUCCUCUUUGGUUUUUUCUUUUUUCUUUUUUAUAUGCUUGUUAGGGCUGGGGAGGAAUAUUAUAUUGGCUAUGUUGAAUCAUCCAACUGUUCUAAAUUAUAUACAAGGUGUGUGUGGACCUAAUAUUCACAUUCCAAAAUAAACAAUGAUAGCAUGUCAAAGGCCAGCAAGAUAAAUUAUGCGGUGCAGUUUUAGAAGCAUUGUUUGAUGGUGCUGGAAUAAUGUUGCUUAUAUCUUAAAAUAACUUAUGGAAAAUAAGCAGAACGAAUUCAGUAGACUCCCUGGGGCAAGAUAUAAAUUGUAGCUUUGUACAUAGAUCAGCUUAGUCAGAAGGGGAGGGUCUUUUCUAAAUAGAUGUAUUCAUAUUUUAGCAAUUAUAGGAUUUGCCCUGUGAUUCAAGGAAGACAUUGCCUAAUUUAACUUUCAGAAGAUUUGACUAAAUCUUAGAGCCCGAUUAACAGAAAAAUGUAAGUUUAUUGAAAAGGCUAACACAUUGCACAAUUGGUGUUCUCUCUUAAAGCUGCUUACACUUACCUGAGAGUAAGUUCCAUUGAAUUCAGUGGGAUUUCCUUCCAAAUAAAUGUGUACAGAAUUAUGCUAUAAUUUAAAUAAGACUUCUUCUUCAUCAUAGUUAACUGUAUUUAUGAGUCACCCAUCAGAGCCCAAGGGGAUGUAUAGCAAAGGAGAAACAACAGAAUUACACCAGUGAAUAAAGCAAAUACAAAACUAAAAUAUUCAUAAAGCAGCAGUCUUUAAAAACAAAGAAGUACAAAUUGCUGUUCAAGACAAACAUUUCCCACUUUGACUGAAAAGGCCUGGGUAAACAGGAACUUCAACCACAAAGCAGAACACUCAGGUUCUGCAUUUAAAGUGGAUUUGAUGCUCUUGUGCAAUAAUCCCACUUUUUGAAAAGUCGGAUGUUUUGCUGAAGCUGACAGGAAAAUGCACUGGGAAGCAUGGGAGAACAGUUGUUUUAAAUGAUACUGCAUAACCUCCUUACAAGCAAAAUAGAAUCAAAAUCUAUAAACAUCCUACAAAACCCCGUAAGGUUUUGACCUUUAAAGACCCUCAUACCUUCGGGACCACCUCUCGUGGUAUGCCCUGCGGAGGACUUUAAGGUCCAUAAAUAACAACACUUUGGAGGUCCCGAGCCUCAAGGUGGUUAGAUUGGUCUCAACCUAGGGCUAGGGCCUUUUCAGCACUGGCCCCGACUUGGUCUGUCACAAGAGACCAGGGCCCUGUGGGAUUUGACAUCUUUCCACAAGGCCUGCAAGAUGGAGCUGUUCCACCUGGCCUUCGGCUUAGACUCACUCUGACCCCUUAUAUGGGAUUUGGUAUAUAAAUCCCCCCCUUUUUUUUUCUUUCUUUUUUUUUUGCUGGCCCACGUGGGAUCAGUAUGGAUAGUUGGCUCGGGUGAAUAUCUGAUAUGUCCUCCCUUUAUGGUCUUGAUUUAUGGGCUACUAAUAAAAUGAAGCUGCAUUUUAAGCCAUAUUUUAAUUAACUGGUUUUUGUUUGUUUGUUUGUUUUCCUAUUAUAUUUUAUUGUAAUUUAUAUUUGGUGUUAGCCGCCCUGGCUGGGGAGGGCGGGGUAUAAAUAAAAAAAUAUUAUUAUUAUAAACUUUGUGCAAAUAUAUAUAUAUAGGAUGAACUCUCAGUAAAUAAGAAAUGUCCCCACUGGGAUCACAGACCCUCCCAACCUGCACGCAUUCAUACUCCCUUAAUGGCCUUCUGCCAAAUGACUUAAAACUUUCCUGCUUCGGAUCACUUUUGGGCCAUGAAUCAUUUUUAAGCGACUCUGUAUUGCAGGCAUAGGCAAACUCCGGCCCUCCAGAUGUUUGGGACUACAAUUCCCAUCAUCCCUAGCUAACAGGAACAGUGGUCAGGGAUGAUGGGAAUUGUAGUCCCAAACAUCUGGAGAGCCGGAGUUUGCCUAUGCCUGCUGUAUUGGGUUGUUCUUACUGCUGGAAGAUACUCAACAGCUGGUUAUGCAUGUGUUUAUGUGGCUGACUAUCUGCUGCUUUUAGUUAUUUUGUUUUAAUGUGGCCAGCUGCCUUGACCUUUUCUAAAGGAAAGGUAACAUAAUAAAUGUUUUAUAGGUGUCCAUCCACACUUAAUGGCACUAUAUUUACAGAGCUUACACAUAAAGGCUGUUGUAGGCACACUCUUGGACCUUCAGGUUUCUGGAGUAUCAGAUCAUGCACAGAUGCAGAUGUGGCUGCUUUCAAUGCUUUGAUUUGAUUAAAUGUUUUGAUUAUGUGUAUGCCACUCUAGGUUCUUGGGGAAGAAAGGGCAGGGUAAAAAUAUAGCAAAUGACCCAACACUUAGUUGCAAAUGCUGAGAUUGGUAGUGUGUUGGGGGGGGGGACUCUGUUAUUAAGACUCUGGUACCCAGUUCAGUGGAAAGAAACCUGAGCAUAUUAUGGUGUUUAUUUAUUGAAGCACAUCAAAGGCAUAGGACUUCCUUGCUGAUGGUUUCAGAUGUUACAGAAAAGCAGGGCAGAAGAAACGUGGUUUUUCACUUCCCAUGUUUCCCGAGUAUUGGAGCUUGUGUAGCUUUCCAUCAAUGAGACAUACAAGUUGUGUCUGCAUCUGGACUUUGUUCAUCUAACUGUUGCACUUCUGGUAUUGCAUAGGCUACCCUGAAAAGAGAAGUAAGGGUUUCUUCCCCCAAAAUCAUGGCAGCCUCCUUUGAGAUCAUAAAUAUUCUUUGCCUGUUAUUUCCCACCUUCUAUAGUUCAAGGCUACUCAGAGCUAUUUUCGAUGCAUCGGGCUGGUAUGAUUGCUGUCUGCUAUUUUUGCAGCAGCCUGUGGAAGCCUGUGCAGCGGGGAAGAUGAUAAGUUAUGAUCAUUACAAUCUGCUGCAGCAACAGACAUCCGUGUUGAUGGUUGGGAUAGAAUAAAGGAGCUGUUUGGCAAUGGAACUGUAGGAAUAACGGAGACGACGGGAGGUUGGAUGCAGGUGAGCUGUGCAGAAGCACGCUGGCAAGGAUGCUCCAAGCAAGCUGCCAGCUAGCUCUGUGGAGGCUCCUUUUAUUAGCAGAAGUCAACAAUUGGAAAAAGCAGUGAAACCACCCUGAACGUAUUUCUAUCUAAGAACAUUUCCAGCGUUAGCAAAUACACGUGUCAGCAGGUGUUUACCCUAAAAUGUUCCCCCCGAUACUUGAUUACGUCUGCGUCCCCCGUCAUGCUCCAGCCAAGCGUUAUGUCUAGCAAAUACUUUGUGAGAGGACAAACGGUCAGGGGGAAAACCCUGUUUUCUAGCCAAGAAGGCAAAAGAUCAGGGAGAACAGGCGCAAUUCUCCUUGACAUACUGUUGCAUGUCUGGUGCGAGGUUUGCCUUCGCAAAGCGGAGCGUUACCUGCACAUGGAACAGACUCCCUUAGGAGGUUGUGGACUCUCCUUCACUGGAGGUUUUGAAGCAGAGGUUGGAUGGCCAUCUGUUAUGGAUGCCUUCGUUUGCACUUCCCCCAUUGCAGAGGGAUAGACUAGAGAACCCUCAGGGUCCCUUCCAACUCUACUAUUCUAUGAAUGCUACGCAUUGCAGACUGAGGCUUGUAGCAUUAUGGGGCCAUUUGUAGAUGGUUCCUUUCAUCACUGACAUCCAAAGAGCAGGAAGGCUAUUGUAGUUUUAUUCCAGCUGUUUAGGUUGCUCAUUAUACUUUAGAAAUGGCUGAAAGCUUUGCCCAGGGAAUGAUUUUGUCACUGAUUGAUGGCUUAGGUGUUUAAUUAAUGGCUGGAAUGUUUAUUCCUCCCUGCUAUGCUUUUAGCACUCCUCUAAUGACAUGAAUGAUCAUAGCAUUCAGACAGGGUGCUGUUAUGUUUGUUUCUGCAGGAUGUCACUAAUCUUGAUUUCUUCACCAUCCUUGAUCAGGAACAUCUGUUGAAAUCAGACACCACUUUCCUCUUUUCUCUGCUGGAUUUCUGAAUGUGUCACUUCAGUGUGUUAUCGUAAAAAAACAAAAAAACCACAACCCUGGAAGUCUUUGCUGUGAUUAACUGUCCAAUUAUAACUAUUAUGUCGGUCCCACUUACACCCAGCAAUAAGCAAUGCUAAAGAAGUCAAGCCAAGAUGUCAACCUAAUUUCUAAUGUAUUUUUUAAGCAAAGAGAACAUUGCAAGCAAGAUGCAUAUUUCUUCUUUAUCCUUUAAAGUAAAUUGGUGGUGAUUUUGGUCAACUUUCUCCCCUUGCAACCCGCCCCCCCCCCAUUAUAAUGGGUUGGCGUGUGAGCUUCUCCUUGUUGUCAGACUGCUCUGAGCUUUGUGACUGAGGUGCUUCAUUUUUUUAUUGGUCAAGAACUGGCUGUCUAAGUUGUAUUCAGAGUAGGCCCACUGAAAUUAAUGAACCUAAGUUAGUCAUGCCCAUUAACAUCAGUGCAUCUUUUCUGAGCACAACUUAGUUGGCUACAACUAUUAUACUACUGCAAGACCGAUAACGUUGUAAGCAUUAGGUGUGCGGUACUGCUGAAACAGAUAUUGGCUUUCUUGCUCACAUUGCACUGGAUGGAUUUUGUAAAAGGAACCAUACAAAUUAGCUAUAUAUUUGUUGAUGGAGUCCUCCAUGAACGUUUCCCCCUGGAAUUUGUAAAUAUAACAAGAUAAUCAUUUAAUAUUUAUUGGGCUGCAAUCUUCAAUUCACAACUGUGAGGCAGAUCAAUAGGGAGUUGGGGUUUGGUCUAUUUUUAAAGUCCUUUUAACAGUUCUCAAUGUGUCUGCAUUUGUGCCUAAGUACCAAUCAAAAUACAUGCUAAUGAACUGGCUGACAAUCAGGAUAUAAUUUUCACUGCCAUGUGUUGCAAGCAGUAUUUUAUGAGGUGCACUUAAUAAUUAGCACUUGUCUUUUAAAUUGUAUACCUGCACCAUGUUUAAACCUUAUAUCAGGGUGGCUAACCUAUUCCCAACCCCACCCCCUUGCUGAUCUACAGCUUCCAUCAAGCCUUUCUGACUUGGGGAGUCCAACAGCAUCUGAGUGGGUGAGUAGAGGGAGCCACCCCUACUUCACACCAUAUUUACCAAUAGCAUAUUCAUCCUCCUGAGUGCCAAUUCUUAUGUAGCCAACAUGGCGCCAUCCACAUGCAAGAGGAGAGGUAUUAGCAGCAUCAGAGAACCCAAAUGUAUGUAGUACAAAAAGAACACAAAAUGCUAGCGGGGAGCCCCCAAAAGAUUUUCCCUAAAGCAGCCCAGUGAAAACUGAACUUGCACAGAACUACAGUAGUGUCUGUUUGGGGCAUGGAGGGAAACUGAAAAUUAUGGUGGGGUGGAGGGCAGAAAGAAUGGAUGAUCCUGGAAAGGGGCAUGUUUCAAGUCCCAGUUGUAAUGUCUAAUUAUAAAAUUUCCCUUUGGACAUGCAAUGUUUAUAUCUGAUUAAUUGCAUGGCAAAAGACACUUCCUGUCAGCAUUACUGAUUUGAUAAUUCUAAUAUUCAGGAAAGCACUUAGUUGUGAAAGCCAUGUUUUUCUAACCUUUAACCUUCGGCUUACUAGUGGGUGCAAGAUGUCAAAUCCUUUACAUUCUCAGUCUUUUAUAACAUGAUAUCAAUGAUGGCAAAGAAAGAAUUUUACAUUUACUGUGCCUCACUGCCUUGCUUUAAGUUCUUUGUAUAUGCUUCUUUGUUGCUUGAUUCUUGGGUCUGCUGUGUUCAUUUGAAAAUGUUUACCUACAUACCAGAGUUUCAUUUGUUGUAGUACACCACUUAGGGCAAACAUCAAUAAAGUGAAUAGCUGGAUCUAUUGGACAGAAAGAGAGAAACUAUAACUAAGGCACCAUAUUCACUGUAAAUUUAAAGUAAUGCCAUGCCACUUUAAACAGUAAUCACUUCUUCCAAAACAUCAUGGAAACUGUAUUUUGCUAAGGGGGCUGAGAGUUGUUGGGAGACCCCUAUUUCCCCCAGAGAGGUACAAUUCCCAGAGUUCCCUUGGAAGAGGAGUUGACAGUUAAACCAACAAGAAUUGGUGUUUCCCUACUUGUGGAAUGAUCUCCCUAAGGAGACUCGCCUCGCACAUUUGUCAGACAUCUUUAGGCACUAGGCAAAAACACUUACCUUUGGCUAGUUAAACAAUCUACGACCUUUUAAACUAUUUGGGGGGAGGGUAUUGGUUUUGUUUGUUAUUGCGGUAUGUAUUUUUGUGCUUUUAUAGUGUGAACCAGCCUGUGAUCAUCUAAUGAAGGGUGGCAUAGAAAUUCUAAUAAUAAUAAUAAUGCUUUAGAUGUAUAGUGCAGAUGGGGCCCAACAUCGCUGUGUGCUAUUGAUUUAAACCAGGACUAGGGAGCCUGUGGUCAUCAUAACUACCCACUGUAGAUCAGCUCCCAUCAUAGCAAUCCACUGGUCAUGCUGACUAGGGCUGAUGGGCCCUAGUCAUCUGGAGGGCCACAGGUUCUGCAGUCAUGCUUGAAAGUAGCAUGUGAAAUGUACAAAGCCAUCCUAUUUUCAUGAGCAGUGUCCAUGGAAUUAUUCUGUAUUCACAAGGGGACUUAAGAAAAAUUCCUACCUGCUAGGCCUAUUUGGGAAUCUUUGGUGAGGGACUUCAUCAAAUCCAAAUGCAGAUUCUCUACUGUCUGACCCCUAUCUACACGCUGCUUGUCAUUCUCAAAGAACUCUAAAACAUUAAUGGGACAGGACUUUGGAGAAGCCGUGCUGAUUUCCCUCCUACAGUUCUUGUUCUUCUAUCAAGGAGUACCCUUUAGCUCUUACUCAUAUAUGUAGCUGCUUUUAAAAGGGGGGGGGUCAUUUGUGUAGCAAAACUCUUUGCUUCUGUCAUCUGGCUUCCUACAGCCAGCUUAUACUUUUCUUCAUUCUCUUGUUUAUUCCUACAACCCAUCUCCUCUCCAACACACAACUGCUUUCCUGGAUCCAAACACUGGCUUGAAUUUCAGAGCCGAGUUUGUCCCUUUCCUUUUUGAGUUGUCCCCAGUGGCCCCAUCCGGCAGAAAUACUCCACAAGAUUCAAGCCUGCCAGGGAAAGGUGGUCAUGGAACUUGUGUGGAUAUAAAAUGUGUGUUCCCCACAACAUCAUGCUGAAUUGGUUCUGAUUUAUGUCGCAUAUUGGCAGAUUUUUUUCUCUUCUAAAAAUCAAUUUAGUGGGAGACAACAUUAACACAACAGCUUGGCUGUAUUUUUAGUAGAUAUCCAUUACAUGCUAAGUAUAAGCUAAUGGAGCUGCCCUACUUGCCCAGUUUUUAAUAGUAGUGGAGCCUUUACUAGCCAACGUUUUCAUUAUAAAGGUCUUAUUUUGAUCAAAGCUCAGCUGUCACAGUUUAAAAUCUCAUUUCUUGCGACAGCUAGGAUAUAAACUCAAAGGACAGUUUAGUUAAAAUGAUUAUGAGAACUUGAAAAUACAGAAGGAAUGUAUGAUUUGAUGUAGUAACCCUAUGGCAUUUUCCUUAAAAACAAGUAGUCAUUUUAAAAAAUUUGGCACCAUGGGGUAACAGUUACAGUUCUAUUAAUUCAGCAUUAUAUUUUGCCCACAGGAAACUUAGGAACUCUUGAGUGGGUUUGUAGAAGUGAACAGGGGUCAAGCUCAGUGCUGUGAGUGGUUUCCACCACAAGCCUUUCAUAGUACAGUGGUACCUUGGCUCUUGAACGCCUCUGUAGUCAAACGUUUCAGAACUCGAAUGCCGAAAACCCAGAAGUAAAUGCCUCAAUUUUUGAACACCCUCGGAAGUCGAAAUACUGGCAUAAUCCAUAGAAGCUUUGCUUUGCUUUUGUGUCCAGAUGGGUGGGGUAUAAAUAAUAAAUUAUUAUUAUUAUUACUAUUAUCCUAGAAAAUAACUUCUCUGGCAUCCUUGCCAAUGUUGUUUUUUGAAAGGUGGACUGUUCUAGUUCAGAAGGUAGUUCUUCCUGUCUAGAAAGAUGUGUUUAAGUACACACAUUUUUCCCCUCUUUAGAUAUUUAUUCAUACAAAUGGAUGCCAAAACUGUUUCAUUCUAUGGCCUUGAGACAGUUGUGCUUUAAAAAAAAAAGAAAAUGCAGCAAUAUCGGCAAAAUGUUUUUUGACCUUCUCUUUGUUUUAUUGGGCUGUAUGAUUAAAUAAUUUUCCUCUACCAUCCUUCACUUCUGCAGAGUGACAAUACUGCCAUUGAAUAAUUUGUUUGGUAUUGGAAUCUGUCCAGAGGCAAACAUUCAGCCAUAUUCUAUGUUUUCAUUGCUAGUCUGACCUCAUUCACUCCAUCCAGGGUAGAACAUUUAAAGUAGUGUGUCCUAUGCAGAUUUUGAUUAAGAAAACAACUACUAAUGACUGGUCAAGUGGCUAAAGAGGAGAUAAUUUUUCUAUGGUAAACAUAUCUUCAGUUCUGUUCUUUAGACCAUUGAUCCUGCUGAUAGAUUGCACCUCACAAGUGGGUGACACACCUCCACCUAAGAUGAGUGGCAACAAAUGGUGUGCUGGUAAAUUUUGUAGAGUAGGAUCUUGUCAUGAUACUUGUCAUAACCACGUCCCCAAAGGAGUUCAUAGUCAUACCUUGAGCUAGCAAAGGUUGGCAUGUUAGACAUUGCUGUCCCUGAUCAGUCAUGAAGCAUGAUUAAAAUACUGUACUGUAUUUUAUACUGUAGUUACCUGGGAGUAAGCAUCACUGAACUUCAGGGGGGAGUGCUGGCAUGAAGUAGGAACCCCAUCAAAGAAAAGGAAAGAAAUAUCCCGCCUCUACAUGAUUGUUUUUGUUAUUUUCCGAUCCCCUCUAUGCUGACAACUGUAGAACUUGAAUAACUCAUUACAGUGGCAGACCUUGGCAUCUCAAGUGCCCUGUGCUAUGUCAAAAUUUGGUGCCCCCACCUCUUGCCUUCCAUACUGCAUCAUAGUUGUGGUGCCCCCAAAGCUCUGCUCCCAGUGGAACCAAACUGGUUGCGCUCCCCUAAAUCUGCCUCUGCUUAUUAUCACCUCAUUCAUCUGCAGGAUCAGGCAGGUUCUGUAGUUUACUCUGGGGCUGGGGCAGAGGGUGCCAUUGCUCCUCUUCUUAAAAAGUUUUGAAGCUGUUCUCUCCCACCCUUCCUACUCUAGUGCAGUAUAAGUUGCAUUAGUGCUAUUACUUUUCUUUUCUCAUUGUUUUAGAAGCUUUCAAAGAGAAAGAGUGACCAGAUGCACACAGAGCAGGAUGUCUGUAUCUUUAAAUAGCUGUGUAGAAAAGGGAAGUUAUGCAGGCACAACUUUUCUGAGCUUGAAAGGGCCUUGAAAGGAUGAAGACUACUUGCUUUUCUGCUGAUAUAUUUGCUUUUGAAAUUAGAAAAUUCUGGUGAUAGGUUCACAUUUACCUGCAGAAUAAUCUCUUGAUUAUUUUUUGUUGUAUGCUGAGCCUUGAAUGGUCGUCACCAUUUUGCCCCACUUACUGUCUUCAAAGUUUAAAGAUACUGCACCCAUUUACGCAAUUCAUUGUUUCAAGUGUGUCCAAAUGUCCAUACAGAACAAGGUAUGAGUAACGCAGCUGGGGAACGUGUUUAUUUUUACAUCUGAGGAAAUAGUUUUGGUCAGACUCAGUGUGAUUCUCAAGUCAUGUUAGGGUGACUCAGGGCUCUGUCCUAUCCUAAAAGAGUUUACAUAAUUUGGUCCAGGUGGUAAAGGUAUUUGAGAAAUCAAAGGACAGUCGAGGGGGAGGGAUGAGUCAUGUCACUAUUUCAGAAAAAGUAACACGUACUGCUGUCAAGUCAUUCAUAGGCCAUCACUCUAAAUAGUACAUGACUCUCAAAGAUAACGGAAUAAAAUAAAUGAGGCAUGUACCAUUGGUUUGGUUUUGGGUUUUUUUUUAAAAAAAAACAUGUUUCAUAAAGACCAGUAAAGCCUAUAUCGUGUAAGUUACCAAAAAGUAAGAGAACUGGGCAUUUUUAAUCAAAUGUCUUGCUCAUUGCUAAGUGAGCACAAGCAAGUGAAAGUCCUGUAGAUGACUGAAAAUCUAUUUAAGUUUGUAAACUAACAUAGAAAGGAAACAAUAUGGCAAACUGAAUAAACUGAAUAGCCAGCUCUCUUAUUGGCAUGCACCAUAUACAGUGGUACCUCGGGUUACAUACGCUUCAGGUUACACACUCCGCUAAGCCAGAAAUAGUGCUUCAGGUUAAGAACUUUGCUUCAGGAUAAGAACAGAAAUUGGGCUCCAGCAGCGCGGCAGCAGCAGGAGGCCCCAUUAGCUAAAGUGGUGCUUCAGGUUAAGAACAGCUUCAGGUUAAGUACGGACCUUUGGAACGAAUUAAGUACUUAACCCGAGGUACCACUGGAUAGAGUGAUUUUAGACUUUUAUUUCUACUAGGCAGUGCUUUUCUUUUAGAAAUAAGGUGCCAAUGCUCAUGAUAAAGUUGUUGCAGUAAGUGUCACGCUUUUAACCAAUGCUUUUCUUCUACCCUUGAGUACCCCCACAAAGAAGCACUGGUACUAGGGGCUAUGCCCCUGCCCCUGCCCCUGCUCCUGCUCACCAACCCCUCUGCCAUUUCCCCCUUACUAACUGCCUGGAGUUUUGCAGGCACAGAUGCAUAACAGCCAUGGCAGGUGAAGGGAAGGCCACAAGAAUGACACAGGAGACUGGUAUUGGGUUGAAUUAGGCCACAACUUUAUUGAUUACAGGAAAGAGGAGGUUUGGCUAAGGCAUUGGGCAUGUAUCCCACCUGCUACCUGAUGGGAACCUAGUGGGGUCAAACCUUUGCUGCGGAGUAGCCUCCAGCAUGGAUUGGAUGCCACAGCCCCGCACAGGCCACUGUUGGGAGAGGUGUAUGGGCCCAUUGGUCCCCCCAGCAGACUCCUGGACAGAGACAUCCCUCCUGGACCCCUCUAACAGGGUGACUAAGGAUGCAGCCCAAUGCCUUAUCCUCCCAAGUUGUGAUGGUUGCUACGAGGUAGGUGAAAACCUACAAGCCCAGCCCAUUUGCUUACAGGAGAAAGGGAGCCCUGAAUAUGGCGACCGAAUUAACCACAGCAAGGUCCAUAGGCAAUGUGCCCACUUCCGCCCUCCCUACCCCAGUGGGCCCCUAAAGACUGGGUGGAUGGAAAAAUCCCAUGACGAUCAGCCAAGAGGGCAGCUGACACCUGGACGACCCCUUAAAUAGGCUGGGCUGAGAUUGCAGCGGGCACUGCCCACCCUUUCUUGAGUGUCUGACUUGGCCAGAGGUGGGCCGCGCCUGGAAGAUAGCAGCCUCCCUGAACCCACCACUGCCAUGCCAUGCUGUAACGGCCACCCACCCGGAGUCCCAGGUGAGCAGAUAUUCCCUUCCCAUCCCAUGCAGCUACUAAGCUCAUUAUUCCCCUUCACGGCCCUGUUUUUGAUGCUGUUUUGGUCGUCUCUUCUGCAAUUCUGCUUUGCACCUUUGCUUUCACCUUCACCCUCAUGCCCUCAUGUCCGUGCUUGCUCCCCUCUCCUUUUGUGCAGCCCCUUUACACGCACACCAGCCCCUCUAGUGACUUGCUGUGCCUUUUUCCUCCCACACGUUGCAACUCCUCAGCCCCCUUUUCACCUCUGCUGUUGUUUAAUGCCACAGUUUCCCUCUGUGCCCCUCCAUAUGCUUUACUCAAAGCUCUGCCGUUGUUAAAAACCACCGUUUCCCUCUCAGUUACCUCCACCCCUGCUUUACUCAAACUUCUGCUGUUGUUUUAAACCACAACUCUUCCCCUGUCAGGGUCCCUCCCUUCUCACUCUCUUUUGACGGCUGCUGGUGCUGUGCAGCCUGCCUUCUCUUUUGCUCCCCUGCCCCACCCUGACCUCAUACAAAUCCUGGAUUGUGAUUCGGCACAACAGAUCCUUCAGUGGUGGACACAGGAAGAUAGCCUUGCAUGUUUAUGUAUAUAGGAGGAUGGGUGUAUCCAUAGGUUUUUCUAUGAUGAUGAUUUUAAAUGAGUUGUGAAACACCUCUUGGGUCAGUGAUGAAACUGAUAUUGACCGGCAGAGAGAGGAUACCAAAAUUCGUAUCAUGAGAAUUUGUAGGCAGGUCCUUGUGACAGUAUUUGUUCCCAUUUACCUACUGGCAACAUGGAAGAAUGGUGCAUGGUCUCUUUCCCAAUCAUGUCAGUUUCCAGGAUAUGUGGGAAUUUGAGAUCCUCUUUUCCCCCUAUCUUUAAGAGAUUAUUGGGGUUGGCAGUGCUGAUCAUCAGCUAGGUUUGGGUGAAGGUGAUCUAUGAUCAAAGCAGCAGGCAUGCAGUUUCCUGCUGAGUCUCUUGUUCUCUGGAUUUGAGCCAUUGUGUAGCCACAAUCACUUCCUCUUCCCCCAUGUCAGCUGGGAAAAUCUUGAAUGAGACCCAUGUGUUUGUUGUUUGUAAAACGAAAUUGUGUUUUCAGACAGAACACAUUUUAAUACAUACAUCUGUAUGCAUUUUGAAACAAUUGCCUUGCCAAAUGUCCUUUUCAAGAUGAACAAUAACAACAGUAAAGCACGUCUACUAAAAUUAGACUUUCUCCUUCUGUUUACAAAAUUCCCAUUGAAGUGCAGUAUCCUAAGUUGUAUGUUAAAAUUGCUUGCCAUUGUGUAAGCAUUCUAUAUAAAAUAGGUCAGCUUAUAGUACUGGCAUUUGGACAUUAUGUUGGCAGAACAAAUGUUAAUUUUCUACCACUCUGACAGUGCAAAGUAGAAGGCAUGUUGCACUAGAUGUUGCAUAUUAAUUGAAAAGGCUUUCAUAAUGUGCAACAUCUGGGUUGUAUGGAACGUGACAUGACAAUGAAAUACAGAAAAAUAGAUUUGUGUUAAAUAAAUGUGGAACAUCCUAAGGCACAAAAGGAAGGACUGUGUGCAUGGCUGAAAUAUUAGUCAAGCCAAGUGAGAAAUAUGAUCGUGCAUUGUUUCUAAAGUUUAUUCAGGCUGAUGGGGAAAUUCUAGACAAACCCACAAGACAGGAUUUGGAUGGCAUGUUCAACAGCCAUUGGCUUAGGUAAGCAUGGCUUGGGAGCAGAAAGGACCAGAAAGGAGCAAACCAGAUUCAAGCUCCUCCUUGGAAGCCCAUAUGUUUGUGCAGUUCCAGUAAACCAUAGUAGGGCUUUCUGUGUCAUAUGAACCAUGCCACUGCAUUUUUAAACCAAAAAUUAUUGCAUAAAAACUCAUGAUUGCUCCUGUUAUCAGACUCCCAUCUCCUUUCUAGAGAAAGCUGUUCACUCCAGCAGAUGAUUAUGUCUCAAUAUGGCAGACGUGAUCACUGAUGACAUUGUAGGGACACCUUCUCUUGAGGUGUCAGCCUCAUCACAGGCUUAAUUAACAGAUCUGUUCCCAUUAAGGGUGCCAUACGAUUGUCAUACUGAGUUUCUCUCUCCUCAAGUUCACAGCUGUCCACACCUCAGCUUGAUGGGUCAAUGAAACCAGUAGCUUAAUUAUUUUGAAGGCAAAUGUUUGGAACUCAAAUCUCUGUUCUCGGGCGGGAUUUAUCUAAAACAAUUCUAAGUCUGUGGAUCAAAAAAGAUAAUCGCAGAGAGACCUAACCGAGCUGAACACAAAGCAACAAUAUUUCUGUGCCAGGUUGCUUUUUCUUUCCCUUUCUCCUCAAAAAGACCGCCUUCUUUUACUGCACAUGAAAUAUGAAUGUUUAUUUGGCAAAAGAAUUUGUGCACGCGGUAAAUGUUUCUCUUGUUCAGAGGAAGCUGGGAAAGAAGAGUGAGGAUCACUGUCAGCACCUUUUCACCUUGUCGGAAACCAUUUACAAUGAGAAUAUGUAGAAGAUGCCUGCGACCACUUUCACUGUCCUUACCUCCCAUCUCCUAGUCUUCAUCUGCACUGUGUGCUCUGAGCAUUCCCUGGGUAGAACUUUUCCGUGUUACCUGGAUUCCUACUUUUUGCUGUGUCACAGAUCAUGUGUGCAACUUAUACCCCCCUUGAAAUCAAUGAUAAAUUAAUCACUGAAAUUGAUUUCACGGGGUCUGUUCCUAAGCAUGACUAAGGCUGCAUUUACAGCAUGUAUUUAAAGCACUAUGAUCAGUGUCAGAUUUACAUAUAAGCUAAACAAGCUAUAGCUUAGGGCCCCACUCUCUUGGGGGCCCCCAAAAAAUUAAAGGGGAAAAAACUGGAUCUACAUUUCCAAAAUAUAAGAUAAAACCUACAUACAGCAACAGUGUUUUGUGUUGUGUAGUCUCCUAUGGGGCCCCACCUGCUAGCCUGCUCCCUAAAAUAUCACUGGUUUGCUCAUUUCUCUAUCAAUUACUUUUAUAAAAUACAUAGUUUGUUAUGUGCAAAUGGCUUUAGAUACCUAUUACUGUAGGUCCAAAAAUUACCAUAUAGCAUAUAUUCCACACAAAAAACAGCAACAAUUUGUUGUUGACAAAGGACAGCUGGACAUAUAAAGGGCCCCAUUACCUUCAGUAGCUUAGGGCCUCAUCAAACCUAAAUCCGGCCCUGACUAUGAUACAUCUAUAAACAGUCAUGACUUGCCCCCCAAAGGAUCCUAGGAGCUGUUUGUCAAGGGUGCUUAGAGUUGUAGGGAGACUUCUAUUCCCGUCACAGAGCUAUAAUUCGCAGCAUAGUUUUAACAAUCAAGCCCUCUUCACAGAAAGCUCUGGGAAGGGAAUAGUGGCAUCUCAGCAAACUCUCAGCACCAAACAUGACAGUGGUCUCAUAGUGCUUUAAAUGUAUGGGGUGAAUGUGGCCUAAAUCUGGAUCCAACCCAUAAAUUCUGUGUACAGAGAGCAGAUGAGGACAUGGAGGUCAGAAGUGGGCACAGCAGCUGGUAUCUCUCUUCAGAAGCAUGUGUUUUUUCAGACUUAUGUGUCAAGAGCCAUAGAUAUUUGUGACUUGUUUCUGAACACUAUCCUGAUAAAUGUUCAUGUUCAUGGAAUACCAUGUAGCAUCAGAAAGCUAGUUAUUCUUUCCCCAUAAUCUUCUGGCAAUUCUAUUUUUUGUUUUUCUUUAAUUAUUGAAGCCCCCUUUCCAAAAGUGUGUUAUAAAAAAAUUAUACAUCAUGUGGUGCAACAUGUUUAGUCCUUCAAAUUUCAGGAUUAAAAAGUGGGAUUAUCUGCUGAGUAAUUUUCCUGCUUCACUUUUUAAUUGGUGUGGUAACCCCACAGUUGCCUUGUAAACUUUAAGAGUGCAGUUUGAUCUGUCAAACUGUAUUAGUUAUGCAGCAGUUUCUACCUUGAGGCCUCCCAAACUAUGACUGACCAUGCAACAUUUCUGCUGCAAACAAUAAUUCUAGAUGACAGUAUCCCUUUGGUUUCUGUGCAUCUAUGAAGCAAAUGCAGAGCAGAGGUCAUUAUCAUCACAAGCUGUUAUGUAACUGCAUAGAACAAAAGCAUGCAUUCCUGUGCUUUAACGUGGGGCAACGUAUUCUUAGAGACUCAGCUAUCCGACGGUGCCUAAGAGCCAAGCUACACAUCCAACUUUAAAAUAACUUUUGUGUCAACAAAUGGCAUUUACCUGUGCUUUUGUCAAGCAUGAAUUCAAAACUGCUGUCUUACCCCAUUAUUAACUCAUCCCUCAAGAGCCAAGCAUGACGGAAAUAAUCUCAUUUUUAAAGCAGAAAGAAAAGCUUAAUUUUCCUGUGAGGCAAUCUCGGGGGGCGGGGGGAGGUCUGCUAUUAUAUCCCCAGCGGAAGAUCUUUGUCUGUUUCCUUUCAGGACAGAGAAGCCAAAGCUUUGAAUAGCUAGGUGCAGCCUAGGUAAAGGGUAAAGGGACCCCUGACCAUUAGGUCCAGUCACGGAUGACUCUGGGGUCGUGGUGCUCAUCUCGCUUUACUGGCCGAGGGAGCCGGUGUACAGCUUCCGGGUCAUGUGGCCAGCAUGACUAAGCCGCUUCUGGCGAACCAGAGAAGCGUAUGGAAACCCCACUUACCUUCUCGCCGCGAUACCUAUUUAUCUACUUGCACUUUGACGUGCUUUCAAACUGCUAGGUUGGCAGGAGCCGGGACCGAGCAACGGGAGCUUACCCCAUUGCAGGGAUUCGAACCACCAACCUUCUGACCGGCAAGCCCUAGGCUCUCUGGUUUAACCCACAGUGCCACCUGCCUAGGUGCAGGUAAACAGAAAAUUUAAGCUGAUACUUUUUACCCCUAACACCAAAAUAAAUUUACUGGUUUGUGGGGGUGAGGGAUCAGGUGUCAGCAAUACUGAGAUGUCUAAAUAAUACAUGCAAGCAAUGCAUGUAUUAAUUUGGGCUUUUGUUCCAAUAAAAUCAAGUUAGUUUUAAUUGAUUAAGUACAGUAAUUGAUUAAAUCCAUAUAGAUUUGCAUACAAUUGAAACAAUAGUUUUGAAGGCAAGCCUUUGCUUUCAGAUGGAUAUAUGUGUGUGAUGUCACUACAGAUGUUAGCUUAGAAAAGUAAUUAGACAUCAUGUCCACUCCAGGUGCCCAAGAGGCUAGCUCUGCCACUGCCCCCAUCCGGGCAUUCAGACAGAAUCCUUCCCCCUGGACCUCUUUACCGGGGUACCCUGAUAUUUGAUCAAGAAGUAGUGUGUAGGACUCCUUUCCUCUGUUUAGGCUAAGGAUGUAACUCAAUGCCUUUUUCUGUCAGCAAGUUGUGACAGUUGCCAGAUAGGCCCAAUUCUUCCCUGGCCCCAAAUACAGCGACCAAGUAACUCCAUAGCAAGGCUGUCCAUUUACCCAUGGUCAGCUGAGGCUGAUGACAACACCAGCUGGCCCCAUGGGAAAGAAUCUCCCCUCCCAGUUUGCCCAUAGCCAUGCCAGGCUGCAACUGCCGCCGCUGCCAAAAUGGUAAGCGGUUUUGUGUUCCUUUCUAAUAAUGAAUGAACAAGUCAUCAACUAAAAGCAGCUAAGUCAAAACACCAAUUUUAGUUCCUCGAUGAGAUGAAGCUGGCUGAAAUCCAGAUAUUUUAGUUUAAACAGUUACUGCAUCAGAGUGAUGAAUGAUUAACCUCUGCAAAAACUAUAAAUCAUCAAAUCUGUAAUUUACUGCCUAACCUUAUAAAAACCUCAGACACACUCUCCUGCAGAAUCCACUCCUGCUUAAGCUUUUAAUAUUCUCUCUGUACUGUAUUGAUCUGCUUCACCGUGGUUUAAUUAAACUAAGUGAAUUAUAUUAUUAAGGUAUAAUUAUUUCAGAAGAGUCUUUAGAAUACAAUAACAUAAUGGAUUGGAAAACCAUUUUACGAAGUGACAUAUAUGCUUCAGAUUAUUGUGUGCAUUCUUUGAGACAUUGAGGGUAUUAUCAGGCAUAGGCAACCUUCGGCUCUCCAGAUAUUUUGGACUACAACUCCCAUGAUCCCUAGCUAACAGGACCAGUUGUCAGGGAUGAUGGGAAUUGUAGUCCAAAAUAUCUGGAGGGCUGAAGGUUGCCGUUGCCUGCAAUAGAUUGUCAAUAACAACUGCCGCCUAAUAACAACAACUAAAAAUCCUCCCCAUUCCUAAGUUACAUAGGUUGCUGAAAAAGAAGUUUGGCAGGAAAACCAGUAGUGGAUUCUUGUGUGAAAGGAAUUGUAAGCUUCAUUCAGAUAAUGAUCACAAAUUCCUAGGCUGGGUAUGAGUUCAGAGGCACCAUGUUUUUUAAUUCUUAGCAUAUGUCUUCCCACCCGACUACCAUUUUGUACUGGGCUCUGGCUGGUGGAUCUAAAAUAUUAAGCAUAUCCCACAAGUUCCAUCCUGCCAGGUGAGUGGUUUGUAGCAGUCAAUACCAAUAGUAGCCUAACUGGCUUUGAAAGGCAUAGGAGGUGAACUUGCAUGGGACUGAUCAAUAAUACUAUGUGUGUUUUACUAUGCCACGGGUAUAUAUAAUGUCACUGUGUUGAACAGAAAACACUUUCAUCAAAGAUUUACCUUAUAAUGCUAAUUAAAAGAUGGAAGGAUAUAGUUGCAAGGAAAGUGUUCAGCUCUCCUCUCCUGCCAACAAUUCUCUGUGGCAAAUUGCUUCCUCUUGAUCAGUUUUGAUCCAGUGUUUAUUCACCUGAUCUCCAAGAUCAGAACUAAGCCAGAAUGAGGGGGUGGGGGCAUUUGCAGAAUAGUGGGCAGAUGAUGGAAAGGCAUGUCAGUUAACCCAUACAAUUGCCCUGGACUCAGCCACACAUUUAUGUUACCUCAGAAAACAUAGGUUUGGGGACAUAUGAGUGCUAAGGAAACAGACAGUUUUGCCCUAAAAUGUAAUACAGUGGUACCUCUACUUACGAACAUGACCUGUUUUAGGGUGCCGUUCGCACCCCGAAAAGUCCGUAAGUAGAGUGCUGCUACUGCGCAUACGCGAAGCACGCAGAUUGCAUCUGUGCGCAUGCGCACAGGGAACCCGGAAGUAAACACUUUCGGGUUUGCUGCGUUCGUAACCUGAAAAGCCGCAAUGUGAAGCAAGCGUAACACAAGGUAUGACUGUACUGGUGGCUUCUGUUACAAGAAUUUUAAAAUACAUUAUGCGAACCUUAUACUGACACCUGACAGCAUAUUUUACUGUUCAGUGGAAUAUAACUCUAGACCUUUGGUACUUUUCAAAGCAGGGCAUAGGCCCUUCAUAUUAAUCUGAGAGAGGCAUUUCAUUCCUAUUGUUUUCAAAAGUUCUCAGAAAUUUUCCAGCGCUCAAGCUUUAGUUCUGUUAGAUUUUCUGAAAUUGGAGAUUAAAUCAGUACAAUAUUUUCAUGCUAAAUGUUUUCCUCUUGCAUAUUGUCUCCAUCUUUGCAGGAAUUUGCUGCACUUACAAAAGAGCUAAAUGCAUGCAGGGAACAACUACUGGAAAAAGAAGAAGAAAUUUCUGAACUGAAAGCUGAAAGGAAUAACACAAGAGUAAGUAUAAAAACAAUCAGUUAUGCGUUUUCUGUACAACAGUGUAUCAGAUAAUUUUAGCACUGCUUUUUAUCUUAUAAAAUUCUAUGAGAAUUGUGAAAAUACAUUCUGUGCCUGGGUGGGGGAAUCUGUAGUUCUCCAGAUGUUGAUGGACCAAAACCAUCGUGCCUGACUAUUGACAUGCUGGCUGCAGCUGAUGGAAGUUAGAAUCCAACAAUAUUUGCAGAGCCACCAGUUCAUCAAUGUCAUUCUUUUGUAAUAGCCUUUUGAUAGUUCAAGUGGUUUGUUUGGAAAUUCAUAUCUCGAGUUCUAUUUUCCACCUGCUCUUUGGGGAGUAGUUUAAAAGUAGACAUUCACUGAUCAGAUUUGGGUUCAUUUAGCAUUUAUUAACUUUCUGGAUUUCUCCCAGUCUGGCUUUUGAUCAAAGUGUGAAAUUGAACAGUGUCUAGCACCAAAAAGAUUGACAGGGAAAAUUUGGCUUCUAAUCAGUUGAUUCCCAAAACCUUUUCAUGGUCAAUGUUGUUACUAGAAUAUGACAGUGUGUGGACUGGUGAACAUUCCUGGGAUAAUUUUUGAGCAGUUCUGACUUUUCAGAGCAGCGAUAUGCCAAAGAGUGCUAAUGUAUGAUGAGUAGAGGAGUCUUCCUUACAGAAUUCCUAUCUCCCUACCUUUCUGAUCAAUGUUUAUACUGAACCAGUUUAUAUAUGGAAUUUUGGAGUUAGUGUUAUAAGCAUGAUGAAACCUGGUCAUGUGUUUGAUGUUUCUUCCAACCCAUGUACUACCAGUUUCACAGUGAUUUCCUUCAGAAUGGAUAAAUAUAUGUAUGGAAAGAAAAGUAUCUUUGAUGCCUUCAUCCAUUAGGCAGAAGUUGCAUUUGGUAAAGCAAAUACCACUUUGUAGAAGUUGGGAUCCACAGGAAAAGGCAUAUCUUUGGCAGCUUCUUAAUUUAAGAGCUGUAUUGUCUAGGACCCCCUUACUGAUUUUCCCAGUUGUGAUGUAUGGAAGUGAGAGCUGGACCACAAAGAAGGCUUGUCGCCUGGAGAAUUGAUGCUUUUGAAUUGUGGUGCUGGAGGAGACUCUUGAGAGUCCCAUGGACUGCAAGAAGAUCAAACCUAUCCAUUCUGAAGGAAAUCAGCCCUGAGUGCUCACUGGAAGGACAGAUCCUGAAGCUGAGGCUCCAAUACUUUGGCCACCUCAUGAGAAGAGAAGACUCUCUGGAAAAAAAUCUGAUGUUGGGUAAGAUGGAGGGCACAAGGAGGAGGGGAUGACAGAGCACGAGAUGGUUGUACAGUGUUAUAGAAGCGACCAACAUGAAUUUGAUGAAACUGCGGGAGGCAGUGGAAGACAGGAGUGCCUGGUGUGCUCUGGUCCGAAGAGUCGGACACAACUAAUCGACUAAACAAUGACAACAACAAUUGUGUAGUACUGCUGCCCUCCUGGAUCCUCAACAUCACCUGGAUAUGUAUCCUGUCUCUGGCAGCAGUUUUAUUCAGACAUUCAGUACCCAGCCCCCUUGAUGAUGCUCCAUGUUCUGGUUAGGUCUGGUUAUUUGUGGGGCCUGCCUGGUGUUUUCACAUGAGUAGAAUGUGUGCUUUUAUUUAAAAUGCAUCUCUGGGUUAUUUGUGGGGCAUAGGAAUUUGUUCAUUCCCCCCCCCAAAAAAAUAUAUAGUCCGUCCCACCACACGGCCUGAGGGACGGUGGACCGGCCCACAGCUGGAAAAGGUUGCUGACCCCUGGACUUCAUGAUCCUCAGGGUCUCUUCCAACUCUAUGAUUAACUUAGGACCAUUAACUUCAAUGGAUCUGCUCUGGGGAAAACUUAAUUGGAUUCAAUCUAUAGGCUCUAGCAGAGUCUUGCCCAGUUUUUCCAGAAAUUGUUAAUAUAUAUACAGUGGUGCCCCGCAAGACGAAUGCCUCGCAAGACGGAAAACUCGCUAGACGAAAGAGUUUUCCGUUUUGGAGGUGCUUCGCAAAACGAAUCUCCUAUGGGCUUGCUUCGCAAGACGAAAAUGUCUUGCGAGUUCCUGCAGGUUUUUUUUCCUUCCCCCCCCUUUUUCUAAGCCGCUAAGCCGCUUAUCCGCUAAGCCGAUAAGCCGCUAAAAGCCGCUAAUAGUGCUCAUAGCGCUAAUCCGCUAAUCCGUCAAUGGGCUUGCUUCACAAGACGAAAAAACCGCUAGACGAAGAGACUCACAGAACGGAUUCUUUUCGUCUUGCGAGGCACCACUGUAAUGGGAAACUCCUAUAUGUUCUUACCAAAGAGCCAUUAAAAAAUCUGCUAUUCUAUUAAAAAGCAAAACAUACCAUGCCAUGUUCUGCAGUGAGAGAGAUGCAAAUAUAGACAUAUUGGUUGCCAAUAGACAACAGAACCCGCACAUAAUUUGUUUUAAAGAAAACAUAGCAAGAAAACGACUACAUUGCCCUCUCACUUUUGGCAAUACAAAUGUUUUUGAACAAUCUUUUUAAAGGGGGGUUUCAACUCUAAAUGAAUGUGCAAUUAAUAAGAAAAAGAAUUACAGUGGUGCCUCGCAAGACGAAAUUAAUCCGUUCCGCAAGAGUCUUCGUCUAGCGGUUUUUUCGUCUUGCGAAGCAAGCCCAUUGACGGAUUAGCGCUAUUAGCGCUAUCAGCUGUUUAGCGGCUAUUAAAGGCUUAAAGGCUUAGGGGAUUAGCUGCUAAAAGGCUAUUAAAGGCUAUUAAAGGCUUAGCAGAUUAGAUAAAGGGGGAAAGCGGAAAUAAACUCUAGACUCGCAAGGUAUUUUCGUCUUGCGAAGCAAGCCCAUAGGGGAAUUCGUCCUGCGAAGCAACUUCAAAACGGAAAACCCUUUCGUCUAGCGGUUUUUCCGUCUUGCGAGGCAUUCGUCUUGCGGGGCACCACUGUACUGUGUGAUUUUAUUAACGGGCAGUCUUUAAAAAAAGCACAAUUAAAAAUUUAAGUAGUGCUUUAUGAUUUCACUGAAUAAGGAUAUCAUUCCACCUUACAGCCAUCUUACAAAUUAAAAGCAGAAGCCUGCUGUAUAAGUAAAAUAUGUCACAGCCAUUCUUUCAUACCUGGAAGAUAGGCUAGGAAGCUGCUUUAUACCAAGUCAGACCAUUGGUCCAUUUCACUCAGUACUGUCUACAAUGAUUGGCUGAAGUUGACCCAAGCCUUGGGCUGAUUAAACAAUCUGUAGCCUUAAAUGUUUAUGACGGGUGCUGUGUUUUGCUGCUGCUGUUAUGUAUUUUGUGUUUUUUAUACUGCAAACUGUCCUGUGAUCUUUGGAUGAAGGACAAAAUAUAAAUUAAAUAAAUAAAAAUAGUCAGGUUCAGAUUUUAAAAAUAAUAAAAUGACAGUAAAUAACCCUAAAUAUAUGUAACUUGCCUUUUCCUAUGCAAGGCUAGAAAGACAGACUAGAAUUAAGAAUACACAAAGAAACAUCACGCUGCUACAUCCCAGUUAAGGGAUUGUUAUAAUAGUUGCUUGUUCGCUGCCUUUGUUCAACAUGAUGUCUAAUUUAAAUAUUACAGUUCCCAGGUGAUGGCUGCCGAAAAAUCCUUACGCGAAAGUUUCUUACCCCAUGUAGCAGUGCAAAUGUAUGCAGCAUCCCCAUACUGUUUCUAAAGAUAUGCACUGUUGACACAGAAAUGCUGUAUGUGUUCAGCACAACACACACGGCAAGAAGGUUUAAAGUGUUAAACAUUAUACAAAAAAAAUGUGUGGGGCAGCUUUCCUGUUGGGGGGGUGGGGGGGGUAGUCUCUUAAACUAGCCCUGACAUCAAUCUAUCUGAUGGCUGGUAUCAAACAAAUUCAAAACCAGCAGCUGCCAACUUUAAUUAUACCAAUGGGAACUUUUGGGUUUUUGAGAGAGUGCCAUGGGCACUCCACCAUCUAUGGGCACUGCUCUCUUCCCUACCUUGGAUGAGCCCCCAGAGAAAGCACAAAACAUACUUCACUUUUUGAAGCAAUCUUAGGUGAAAGUCAGAUCCAUUAAAGAUAAUCUGAGCCUUGAAAAGACAAAAAAAAAUUAAAGAGGAAGUGGACAAGAGAAUCAAGGGAGAAAAAAGUAACCUGCCUCACCAUCUCAUGACCAAAGGGGCAAUGAGAAGGAGAGUUGAGAGGUUUUGUGGUGCCAGGGGGCACUGGCAGAGGAACAGGGGUGCGGGUGGAGUGCACUGUGCCGGCGGCAUGAUCCCAGUGGGGUGCCAUCGCGGCUACACCCCCCGCUGGGCACCAUGCCCUGCAGGUGGCACACCACUCCCCCAGGACACACACCACGCCCCCACCUGCUCUCCGCCUCCCCGCCAGAGAUUGAAGCUUCGCCACUACCAGGGGGAGACAUUAAGGGUGCCAUUACAUCCACAAGCGCCAAGUUGGUAGUCCAAAUUUGAACACUGUAAUACAAAAUUCAUCUCUGGAGGUUAAAUACAAAAGAGAAUGCGCCAUAUAUGAUACAAGAACAGUAGAUAUUUGGUGAGCCUGGGUGUCUAUAAUUUUAUGACAUUUACUGUCGGGUACAUAAUAUUUAUAGAGAGCAGUGUUCUGACGUCAGAUCAACACUCAUCCCUGGAUAACAUCUGCAAAAACACCACAUAGUGUGUUUUGAAUGCCUUUCCCACAAUGUAGUUUCAGAUUUGCUUUAUAUACAGUUAGAUUCCACGACGCACACCUUUUGAAAAAGAAAAUAGCUAAGUAAUUAUCCUCCUUUAAGGCAAUAUUUUUUGUUUUGUAGGUUCAGCAUUAAUUGUUGUUGUUGUUAUUUAGUCAUUUAGUCGUGUCCGACUCUUCGUGACCCCAUGGACCAGAGCACGCCAGGCACUCCUGUCUUCCACUGCCUCCCGCAGUUUGUUCAAACUCAUGCUGGUAGCUUCAAGAACACUGUCCAACCAUCUCAUCCUCUGUCGUCCCCUUCUCCUUGUGCCCUCCAUCUUUUCCAGGGAGUCUUCUCUUCUUAUGAGGUGGCCAAAGUAUUGGAGCCUCAGCUUCAGGAUCUGUCCUUCCAGUGAGCACUCAGGGCUGAUUUCCUUAAGAAUGGAUAGGUUUGAUCUUCUUGCAGUCCAUGGGACUCUCAAGAGUCUCCUCCAGCACCAUAAUUCAAAAGCAUCAAUUCUUCAGCGAUCAGCCUUCUUUAUGGUCCAGCUUUCACUUCCAUACAUCACUACUGGGAAAACCAUAGCUUUUACUAUACGGACCUUUGUCGGCAAGGUGAUGUUUCUGCUUUUUAAGAUGCUGUCCAGGUUUGUCAUUGCUUUUUCCCCAAGAAGCAGGCGUCUUUUAAUUUUGUGGCUGCUGUCACCAUCUGCAGUGAUCAUGGAGCCCAAGAAAGUAAAAUCUCUCACUGCCUCCAUUUCUUCCCCUUCUCUUUGCCAGGAGGUGAUGGGCCCAGUGGCCAUGAUCUUCGUUUUUUUGAUGUUGAGCUUCAGACCAUAUUUUGCUUUCUCCUCGUUCACACCCUCAUUAAGAGGUUCUUUAAUUCCUCCUCACUUUCUGCAAUCAAUGUUGUGUCAUCUGUAUAUCUGAGGCUGUUAAUAUUGGGCAUAAUGGGGUGUAAGGGAGCAACAUAUAUUAUGCCAGUAGAGAAAAACUCUCUAUAGUUGCUUAAGAUAAAUAUGCACCCUGGCACAAACAUUUAACUGUCAGGAGCUGCUCACUUUCAUAGGCCUUAAGUUCUGUAUGUAUUUGUUAAAUGUUUGAACAGACAUGCAAGGGGAAGUGCGGGGAAGUGAAUGGAAUGGGAGGUGCAGGUUUGGAUCCCUGCUGAGUCACGGAAGCUGACUCUGGGCUGAGUCAUAUUUCUUACAGCAUUGUUCUGAGAUAGGAAUUGUGAAGCCACUCAAAAAUGUUGACAGACAUAAAUAUCCCUUGACUCCAUGUUUUCAUUUAUGCAGCGGAGCAUUUUGUUUUCUACAACAUAACAACCCUGCAGUGGAAAGUCUUUAUUUUGACCUCUGUGUAUGCAUCUAUAGCUGCAAUUAAUUUUUUUGUGGUGUGGGAAAAGUAAAGGAUCCAUUAUUCACUUCUUGGAGUUAGUUCAGCGUAACACUAUGAUGUGCUGUGCUUGCUAUAAAAUAGCAUAAGUGAGUGGGGCAGUGUUAAAGUAGUGUUGUGAGUUGUGGGGCAGGGGGGAGAGUAGGCUGUUUGCUGAGACCCUUCUAACCCCUGGAUCCAGCAGCUGUUAAAAUAUAAGCCAGGCUAGCUUCCUGGUGAGGUGAUAGCCUAGGUAAUGGGCCAUUAAGGAAACAAAGGAAAUGGGUCUGUGCCUGAUGAAAAAUUGGGUGGACUCCCUCCCUCAACUGACCGGUAGUUAAAAAGAAAUGGCCAGGGUUGAGAACUGCAUGAGGUGAGCUAGAAGCUGGAAGAAAAGCUGCAGACUGGGAAGCCAGAGAGAGUCAGCGCUUGAUUUCUGUUUGAAUCCAAGGCUGCGGCUAUGAGGGAAGCAAUAGGAGCAAACUGCAAUCCAGGAAAAACCUGAGUUGCUGUUUGUUGCACUUAAGCUUUAAAUAGUGGGUUUUCACGGGGAAAGCUCUAGGGCAACAAAAAGAACACUCAGACAUGGAGCUUUUCAGUAUGGACCUGUGCCUGGAAAGAGCAGGGCAAAAGGUGUGGAUAAGCCCUCUCUUUAUUCACCUCUCCUCAAGUCUGUUCCUGCAGCCAUGAAUGUGGGAAAUACAUUACAAAUGGUUACAAUAGGGAGUUUGUUACAUGAGUGCUGGCAUUGGAUACAACCCCUUUUGAUCAAAUACAGAAACUCGAAAUGUUAAUGAAAAACGUUUGUUUGUUUUUUGCAUAUCUGUUCACGUUUUGAAAUGCAGUUGUGCAACUAAUUUCAGCAUUGGUUACAUACUGCACUGUGAUUUGUUUCUUUAAUCUGAUGGUUUAAGUAGUUCCAUUUAACAAUAUUUCAAUGUCCUAAAAUGUCUUAGUUUGGACACAACAAAGGUGAGUGGAACAAUUUGCCAUCUUGGAAAAUUUGCAUGAGAGUUCAGUAGAUAUUAAUCACAUUUAUACUUUAUUCCCCUUUAUGUUCUCUGCAAUAAUAUCAUGGAAAACUGCCAAACAGAGUCACCAUAAACCUUCAAGAACGGUGAAACCUGCCUGUGUCAUUAUCAUUUUGAACUAGAAUUAUGGUGCCGGUGACCUUCAGGUGAAAAUGAGCUAACUUUCUUUUUAUAUAUAUAUAUUGAAUCCAAUAGCUGUUACUGGAACAUUUGGAGUGCCUUGUUUCAAGACAUGAAAGGUCGCUGAGAAUGACAGUGGUGAAACGGCAAGCACAGUCCCCCUCAGGAGUCUCCAGUGAAGUCGAGGUUCUGAAAGCACUGAAAUCGUUGUUUGAACACCACAAGGCUUUAGAUGAGAAGGUAAAGUAUGGGGAAUCAGCUUACUGACUCAGCAUAUAUUUCUUAAGCUUUGUCAUGGAUGCCUACACUAGACUAGAUCCCUCAUUCUCUUGGCAUAUGUAGCAUAAUAGUGUUUCCAGGGUGCCAUUUUGUAUUCUUCCAAGGUCACGACAGAGGCACCAGGCCUCACACCCUGAAUUUCCAUGGGACUUAUGCAGGGCCAUGGGCCCUUCCAGGAAGUCAAACCCAGUCCAUUCAGGCUAGUAGCAUACUGUAAGUUGUUUAUAUUCCCUUUUAGGACCAGAGAGACGGCGGAGGGGAGCUGGAGAUAGAGAGAAAAUCUCUGGUGCUGUCCCCAAAGCAGGCAUCAAGUUAUCAAGCUGCAUUUACCCAUCCAAGUUGAACUAAAUAUUCUCACUACAUUUAAAGCACAUUUAUACUACUUCAACAGUCAUGGCUUCCCCUAAAGACCCAGGGAACUAUAGUUUACAACUCACAGACUUAUAAUUCCCAGAACCCAUUACAAACCACAGUUCCUAUAAUACUUUGUGGGAAGUUAUGUACUUUAAAUGUAUGGUGUGGGUGUGACUGCCUGAUCCAAAAAUGUGCAGUCAUUUCAAACAAUUAAAAAACCCAUCAUUCAACUGUAUGGGAGGAAAGGAGGUGAGAGAGGAGAGGUUUAACCCAAUCCUUGUUCCCCUUCGCAAGCAACUGAUCAGCAGAAUGUUAAUAUUUCUGAAAGGACCCCCAUAUUCAUGUAUGAAUACAGGGGUACCUAGGCUUGCCAUACGUCAGGAAAAUUCCUGACAUAUCCUGGUUUUCUGGUGUAAAAAUGGCAUUGGAAGAAUUUUGCCAAAUCCACAAAAUGUCAGGGGAAACCCAGUUACAGUAUAUGGCAAUGCGAUGGAAAAAGCAGCAGAAAUGGCUCCAAAACCUUAAAGUCACUAUUUUGGGGAAAUAUUUCCCCAAAGAAGCUCAACAAUCUUGGUAGUUUCCUAAGAAAAUCUCAACAACUUUGCAGGUGUCAGGAAUUUUAUUGUCUCUUAUUUCCACUAUGAGGAUAGCAGUCUCAGUUCCCCUACAUUGCUUAUAUGUGUCUAUUCCUCCUCCUGUAUUCAUUAAUAGUGUAAUGGCCUGUCUUCUAUUGAGUUAAAAGCCAAGACAGUGUUCAUGAAAAACAUAAAAUUGUCUUGCAAUACGUUGUCAACAGUUUGUGAGAAUACCACCAGCAGCUGCAAGUGUGUGAACUGGCAGAUUGUGCCCUGCAUGGUGCCUGAGAGGGUUCACGCCUAUGUGUUGAUAUGAAUAUGCACUAGAAACGAUGCAUCUGACAUCCACUCAGAGAUUUAAAUUUUAAACACCGUGGGGAACUCCUAAACAAUGGUAUCUCACCCUAACAAAAUUGUAAAAUAAAAAUAAAAACGGGAUAAUGAUUUAUCAGGAGCAGGUACCAGGCAGCAGGGAGGGGCAGCUAUGAUAAAUAAGGAAAGUCAAGGCAUAUGGGUCACUUGUCUAUGGCCCUAGAAGCUGGCUUGUGUAGAGUGGUCUGUUUGUAGGGAACUAUAUUACCUUUAGGAAGAAAUCCCACAGAGAUUCAUUACAGUCUAAAUAGGGCAGUACGUAUUGUGCCUGAAUCACGAUCGCACCAUAUUUUGACAUGCUUCUUCUAGGUGACGUGAAAAUCAUUUAUUGUGCUUUUUUAUCUGAAAUGAAGUUUUGCAAUUUAGCUGUGCAUAGUAAGAGAUGAGUAACUGAGGCCAAUGCUAUGCAAAGACAUUUAAACAAUAUUUUAAAUGUCCCUGGAAGUUUUUGGGUUUUCUGCUGAACUUAAGUUGUAGCUGGGACUUACAUAAUGGAGCAUUACUAGCAGUAGUCUUUGGAGAUUAGUAUGGUUUAUAGACUAAUUUCACUUUACAGUAUUUGAGACUGAUUAAAAAAAAAAAACCAUUAGGGAAGUGCUAACGCCUUGUUUUCUCAAACUGCUUUAAUUAAUGAGAAAUGAACUUGAACUUUCUGCAAGCAAUUAAUCAGAAACAUCCUACGUAUUGUACAUUUUGUGUUUUGAACUCAGAAUUGAAAUUGAAGGAUUUUCUCUGGCGGUUUGAGUGACACCAGGUAUGUUACGAAGCAAGUGGUAAGCGUUGAAUCUGCACUAAGGUGAUUGCCUGCUUAUUUCUGAGUGAUUCACCAGACCUUCUGAACUGCUACAAACCUUCCAAAAGUGGAUUGAAUGCUGGUGCGUUGAAUUAUUGAUCAUAAAUCCAUCCGGCCCAUGGAAUCAGUCUGAGUGCAACAUGCAGCAACAAUGUAACCACAACUUCACUUGCAGAUUCAGCACUCCCCAAUUGCCCAGUAAGCCAUGUCCCAACCAACUAAUGGGAUAUGUCUGAAGGUUCAUUGGCUAUUCCUCCCUACCCAACCCAAUAGAGAUUUGGGGAUCUGGGUAUGUGGUGAUGUUUCUUACAUGACUAGUCAAGUUAACCAUAGGCCAUUAUUCAACAAAGGCUUCUAGAGCAGACUGGUUCGGAAUCUUGAAAGUUAAAAACAGUGGUACCUUGGUUCUCAAACUUAAUCCAUUUCGGAAGUCCAUUCCAAAACCAAGACACUCUUUUCCAUAGAAAGUAAUGCAAAAUCGACUAAUCCAUUCCAGACUUUUAAAAACAACCCCAAAAAUUUAACAUGAAUUUUACUAUCUAACGAGACCAUUGAUCCAUAAAAUGAAAGUAAUAAAUAAUGUACUGCAGUCACACAAUCAAUCAGUAGUUGAACUGGGUUCCACACAGUCACAAAAAAGAGCCACAAAAAUGCAAAAUAAAUAGCAAAAACAGACAGACCUCAGCGUAACACUCAAAACAGAGCAUGUUUUACUUUCAAAAAAAGUUUGCAAACCAGAACACUUACCUCUGGGUUUGCAGUGUUUGGGUUCCAAGUUGUUUGAGUACCAAAGCAUUUGAGAACCAAGAUACCACUGUAUAGCAAAUGGAUGGACUCAGUUUAUGUGUGGGUGCAGCAGCUUCAUAUGGAGAAACUACCCAAGUCUCGCUAGAGCCCUGUCUUCCCCAGUUCCUUUUAGCCAUAAAAACUGCAUGGCAAUACACCCAAGCCACACAAUGGGGUAUAUGUGCCUCAAGUGCUCCCAUCUAUUUAUUAUUUCAAGUUCUAGAGCACAAAUAAUUUGAAUGGUACAAUUUUCUUCUUCUUCUAGGUAAGGGAACGACUGAGGGUUUCUUUAGAAAGAGUCUCAGCACUUGAGGAGGAACUAGCAGCUGCUAAUCAGGAGGUAAAUACAGAACUUUUCUCUGUCUUGUAUGGUGUAACUUUUUAAUCAUAUCAUUUUGUGGAUUAACAUUAGAUUUACAACCUGUGUAGAUACUGCUUUGGCUCUAUUCUGAAAAUUUAGGCAACCUUUAGGCAACCUUUUUAGGCUACUUUUAAAGGGGUAUGAUUUUUGUUUUUUUGUUUUUUCUGGGGAGGGGAUUGCCUUAAGUUGCUAGAAGCCCACAGCAUCGAAGAUAGCAGGAAAGUUUAAAAACGAAUUGUGAUACUUAUGUUACAAUCGAAGAGCAUGGGUUUAUACAGCUCCUUUUUCAAUACAUUCACUGCAAAACUCUGUCUUCACUCACAAGGUGCUUCCUCCCCUCCCUCUAUCAGCACCACCAUACAGAAUAACAUCUUAGGACAUUAAAUUCGAUGCUCAUUUUUUGUCAUAAUCAUGCAAUUUCUCCCUCCUAUUUUUGAAGAUGGGAAGAAUCAUAUGAACUGGACCUCCAGCCAUUGUGGAGUGUUCAGUUCACACUGCUAUCUACAUGUAGCAGUGAGGGAGCAAGUUUGCUACUCCACUCUAUGAGCAGGGAUGCUGUCCCAGCAAAUGUAUGAACAAGAGCACUCCUCCGUUCCUGCUGUUUGCAAAAUGGUCCUUUUACUGAAGUGUUUAAAAAUUGUUUCUUUACUUGAUUCCAUGAGUACAUACAUUACGUCCUCUAACAGUGAACUCAGGUGCUAAGUACCACUAAAAGCUGAGCCAAAAAUGGGGCUACUGAGAAAUAAGAGGAAGGUCUCUGCAGGCUUGGGAGAAUAUUGAGGUUUGGAGAAGCACAACAAAGCAUUUAUUAAAUAAAUCAAGGGGGCAAAACACAAUCUAAUGAGAACUGAGCAUGUUCAGUAGAUGCAGAAUGUUGAGUAUCAGGUGGAGAAGAAAAGUGGAGAACAGAGGAGUGAGGAAAGUGGAAUGCUCUGUUAUGAAAGAAUAGCUGGACAGGAGCACUCCUGUUAAGAGGAAGGAGACACUGCAAUAUUCUGUUGAAAAUCCCAGUUGUGUCUCCUCUCUAAGAAGUAUUCCUGCCUAAGGUUCCAGCUAGCUAUUCAUUAUAUCUGGGCAUUUCUCCUAUUGUUCUCAGAGAGUUACUAAUUGUUUAACCAAGGGAGGAAUCCAGGCACAACAGAAAUGAAGAGGCAAGAGUGGGGGAAAGCUACAAAAAUUGCUGCUUACCAGUUUUACUAUUUUUAUCUUCCUCCACACCUGCAGUGUACUGAUGAUUCGAAAUAUAUGUUAAAACAGUACCCUGCUGAGUAUCCACUGUUUGAAGUCUAUUCUGGCAAAGCUACUUGGUCUGCCUUUUUUGUGUGCAGUUAAAUAUUUUUUCUUCACAAAACUUUGAUCCCUCAUAACUGCCUCGGUGUAUUUCUUAGCGUGGGAUUUUCAUUUCACCUUCCUGGAUCAUAAUUACAGAUUAUAUGUCACCAGUUUUUGUUAACAAUAGGUAUUGCAAUAGUACUAGCAAGGAGCACAAACUUUAUUAGUGAGUUUUAAAAAUAAUAAUAUAGUACUAAAUAUCUAAAUACCUUCUACAGAUCACAAGAUUUGAGAGAUAUGAGAUAGGACAUUUAUGUAGAGGCAGAAAAUAAUAACAACCCUCCCCCCUUCAGUCCAGUUUAAAAUUAAUCCCGUAAAGCCUGAUUAACUACCUGGACAUGCAGGGAAUGUCCAGAAAUUAACCUAUCUCUCCCCACAAAAUUGCAAUCUGGCUAUUUAGGCCCCUUUUUGUCAUGACCCCAGAGUCCAGCAGAGCAAGACUCUGAGUAAGAGGCUGUAGAGUCUCCAGCUAAGGAGCAAGACCUGGUCCAAGCUUCUAAGUCUCCUGCUGGAGAUCAGGAGGCAACUAAUCCUGUUACAUAUCAUCUUGGGACAUCCCAGAAUGAUCAAAAUGAGCUCCAAGGAAAAUGGGCACAGUUCCCUGAGGAACCUAGUGCCUCCCACUGUUCCUCACUGGAUCAGCAAUGCCAGGGAUGUGCCAGGAUGGAGGCUAUGGAAUUGAGGAGUCUUCAUUUUUACUCCAGAAUGUUGGCCAUUUAAGGCUCUAAAGUAAUCCACAAGAUAGUGGACCCUGAGAAGAGAGAGCCUGGGGGCAGGUUCUUAAAAAGACUCCGACUGCUCUCAAGCUUCAUCAGGGCAAGUUACUCACUCAGAGCUAUCCAUGGUCCUGCAAUGUCUGACCUGCCUUUCCAUCUUCUCCAAGGAAUCUGGCAUCAGACCUAAAUGUAACACAUUUGUACAAACUAAACUAUGUUACUGGGCACUGGUAAGAGCACACUAUAUCUUCCCAGUGCAAUGUGGGUCCUCCUUGCCAUCCGUCGCUCAUUAGUUUGUUUAUUGUUGUUUAUUAUUUAUUUAUUUAUCUGCCUUGGUAGCUCAGUCACUAGAGCAUGAGACUCUUAGGGUUGUGUGUUCAAGCCCCAUGUUGGACAGAAUAUUCCUGCAUUUCAGGGGAUUGGACUAGAUGAUACUUGUGGUCCCUUCCAACUCUACAAUUCUAUGAUUCUAUGACUAUUAUACCCUGCCUACUAAGUGAAGUUUUUGAAGUAGUUUCCAGUAUGUUGAAAAUACAGCACCAGAUGUUAAUUCCUUAACAGCCCAGAGGCCCCGCACCGGGCUGCUGUUGAUGUUUCUCGCAAGUCUCCUCCAUCCUCCAAUGUUCUAGCUACUGCUCUGCAGCUGAAUCUCCUUGCCAGGAAUUAGUCCCAAAUGUUAGUCCCUCACAAGUCAGAUGUUAGCCCGGGUUUCUUCAUUGGGCUGCUGCUAAUGUCUACGUGUCAAUGGGUGGUUUUGCUCUAAACCACUGAGCCUCUUGGGCUUGCCGAUCAGAAGGUCAGCAGUUCGAAUCCCCAUGAUGGGGUGAGCUUCCAUUGCUCAGUCCAAGCUCCUGCCGACCUAGCAGUUCAAAAGCAUGCCAGUGCAAGUAGAUAAAUGGGUACCACUGCGGCGGGAAGGUAGACAGCAUUUCCGUGCGCUCUGGUUUCCAUCACAGUGUUCCAUUGCACCAGAAGUUGUUUAGUCAUGCUGGCCACAUAACACUGAAAGCUGUCUGUGGACAAACACCAGCUCCCUCAGCCUCAAAGCGAGAUGAGCGCCACAUCCCAUAGUCACCUUUGACUGGACGUAACCGUCCAGGGGUCCUUUACCUUUUUCCCCCCCCUUUACGUGUCAGAGGAGGGGAGAUAGUGUGAAAAAGUGCUUGUAGGUUCCCAAAAGACAGUGGCUGCUCCUGUUUGUGGGCAACUUAUUCAGGGUGGCUGGGCACUGUGGGAACUUCCAGGCAUAUAUGUCAGGGAGAAACAUUUGAGGAAUCUGAGGGAUGAGAAAAUCCAAAGUUUUAGUAAGGCACUUGCAUUUUUUGGGAUGUGGGGAAGUCCUGUUCAUCUCUACUUAAAUACUUACUUUCCUUAAGUGUCACAUACAUUAUAUAUAAACCACUUUGAGGUUUCAUUACAAUCAACUGGCAUGUAAAUGUUUGCAAAACUAGCUUUCACUUUCAGAGCAAGAUGAUAUUCAGGCGCGCUUCUCCUUCCUCUUCCAUACAAAUUCACCCACUCUUCUCAUCAACAUUGCCUACAUGGCAUUAUGCAGAUGCUGACAGUAAUGCUAAUUGUGGUUACUUUUUACCUGGUUUUUAAAUCAACUGCAGCCCUGGGUAAAAGUAUCUGUGCUGUGGUGCAGCUGGCAAUUGUGUAGAAUAAGUGGUUUUCACUGAGAUUUCAUUCCACGGUUCUUCUAGGAAGAAUGUCUGCUGGAACUCUAUCUGAGAUGGAAUCCUUUGUUUUUAAAGAGCUGAAGUGGAGAGAAAGAAACCCAUUUUGGGUAGAAAGGUGCUUUAUAGCAUCCUUUCACCUAAGAAGAGGAUGAAAAGGGUUUUGUGGUUGCUGAAAGCAACAUCCCAAACCAGUUUUUGAAACUCUGAAAGGCCUUUUCUUCUGCCUUUUGUUCCCUUAAAGUGCAACUUGCACUAGUGAUAAAUGCCAUAUAAAGCCGUCCUUACUGCAACGUAGCGUCUUCCUGUGGCUGAAAAUAUUUUGAUUGCCUUUUCACAACACAGAUGCCAUAUAUGUGCUAUUAAACGAAUAACAGAUCGAAGAAGUAGACCCCCUGCUGUUGAGAAUGGGAAAUCUUGAGUGAUUCAGCAUUCAAGCCAUCUCUUCAGCCUUAACCUCAGCAUUUAACCUAAGGUGUCCGCCCCCCACACAUAAUAUUAAAGUAGUUUGUGGGGAAUUUCUGCAUGUUGGUUAACAGAAUCAGAAUUUUAAAAGGUUCUCUUGCUUUAGCUUCCUAUCACAUUGAAGCAGCACACAUUAAACUGCAGGUUCUCAUUAACACUGCAUUCAUUUGCAUUGCAAUUAUGAAGGCAAUGGAGGAAGCAGUUCAAACUUGUUGCGAAGCUUGAAAUAGGAAGGGGGUCACAAAUUUGACAAAUACAGUAUGUAAAGAAAUAAACUUCACUGAACUUGGCAUGUUCCAUCACUGACUAAGAAAGUAGGCAUUUGCAAUUUUCCGGCAAGAUGGUGUAGCCACAGCCUGUAUACCAUUGAGUUGCGAUGCAAUCUAUCUGAGAAAAUAUUAUACAGUAAUACCUCCACGAACGUCCGCCCUCUUGACCGUCCAUUUCGGCGAAUGUCCACGGCAAACCCGGAAGUACCGGAACAGGUUACUUCCAGGUUUGCUGCUCGUGCAUGCGCAGAAGUGCAAACUGCUCAGCACAUGUGCGCAGAGCGGCACUUUGUUGAGUGUCCCUUUCAUUGAGCGUCCCUUUCGUCGAGUGUCCAGGGCUCCAGAACGGAUUCCGGACUCAAAACAAGGUACCACUGUACAUGUUACUUUUGCAUCAAGUGUGGCAUGUGGCCAUUUAAGCAUCGUAUCAGCCUAUCAUUAUGACCAUAAGCUAUCAUUUGGCAAGCUGCCUCUCAACCAAAGAACAAAGGCAAGAUAUGUUCUAUUCUGGCCCCAAGGUUGCCACCAUAAAUGGCAUCCCAUGGCAAUUUCCAACCUAAAAUAUAUAGAACAUCUUAUUGAUAUAAAAAUCUUAGGUUUCAGUUCUGAUCAAUUUUCUUGAAAAUCCAGUUGUCUUUGCACACAUAUUUAAUAACAAUAAUGAAUAAUAAUUUUAUUAUUUGUACCCUGUCCAUCUGACUAGGCUGCCCCGACCACUCUGGGCAGCUUCCAGCAUAUACAGAAACAUAAUAAAACAUCAAACAUUAAAAACUUCCCUAUACAGGGCUGCCUUCAGAUGUCUUCUAAAAGUCAGGUGGUUUUUUAUUUCCUUGACAUCUGAAGGUAGAGCGUUCCACAGGGUGGAUGCCAUUACGAAGGAGGCCCUCUGCCUGGUCCCCUGUAACCUCACUUCUCGCAGUGAGGGAACCACCAGAAGGCCCUCAGAGGUGGAUCCUCAGUGUCUGGUCUGAACAACAGAGAUGGAGAUGCUCCUUCAGGUAUACAAGGCCAAGGCUGUUUAAAUGUAAGAUAUCCCUGUUAGAUACAUGUUAUAUGUAAGAUAUCCCUGUUAGAUACAAACAAAAGUAGGCUAUUUAUCUAAAUAAAAAUAAUGUAUAUUUAUUUAGAUUUUAAAACCCCACCAAUUCUAAAUAUAUAUCUUUUAAACUGAAUGUGUAAGCAGGCACCCUAUUUUAAGUGAGAAAGUGGUGACUAAUCAGAUUAGAAAUGAAUGAAACCACACUAGGAGCUGGAGAAUUAUUGUUAUUAUUCAGAAGGCUUGAGUAUAAUUUGUACCUAGAACUCAGGAGCAGAAAUUGAGCAAGCAGGCUGUAUCUUAAAUGCCAAAUAUAAUUUAUUUGCAUUUAUUCUGUCUUCAUUGUAGUCUUUGCUUACAGAAUCAUAACAUUUUAUCUUACUUAGCUUAUAUCCAAGCACAACGUCACACUAUGCUUUGUGCCAUGAAUUUUGCAUUGCAGUUCUCCAGUGAAGUCAGUUGUACCAAAAUGCGUAUACUUGCAUAAAGUAUGCAUAUAAAUGCAUAUAUUAGUGGAAAUAAUAUGCAGAAGCACAUUAUACAUACAAACUGCAUCCAAGCAAGUGUGUAGUAAGAUAAAUUUGCACUAAAAUGCUGGUGAAUUUUAAUGAAGACUUUAAAAAUAAAAGAUGACAAACUGUUUUGGAAACAUGGGGAACCAAACUUAAAAUUGGGGGGGGGGGGAAUGAGAAACUGAGAGAAAUCAAAAUGGACAGAUUUUCUUAUCCCCAAUUGUGACGUGUGAAUGUGGUCAUUUUGCAUUGUUUGCUUAAUACAUGGUGGUCACAAAGCUGGCAAAAUCUACAUUUUUACAUAAGCUUAUCUUCCAAAGACAAAAGGGGAUCCUUCUCAUUCCAGCUUCCUCUCAAGAUUUUGUUUGACUAGUAUAGAAUUGAACAUAUGUGGAUAGAUGCUUUCUCAAUUAUCUGUCUCUUCAAUGCAGGAUGGAGGUCUGACACAAGACAUUUUAUUUAGCAUUAGCAUCUAUGUAGAAGAAAUCUGUUCCUAAGAAGGAAGCCUGAUUUUGAAUACUGUUUACUUCAGUGAAACAAACAUAGUUUCCCACUAGAUUUUUAAUAGGAUGUGGAACAUCUGUUUGUAAAUGUUAAAGUUGUUACAGUUUGUCAGGAAAACAAGCUUGAGUGAUUAAAGGUUAAGAGAAUUUGGUGCGGGAGGUGAGAAUGAAACCAUUGACAGGAAAUGUUCUGUUAUGCUAGAGUGCCAUGCCAGGGCUUUCCUGGGGGCGGGGUGUCCUGCUUCAGGCUGCACAUAGAUGAGAGCAGCAAGACAUCAACAGGGGCAAUCUAAGAUGUAAAGUCAAGUAGAAGUCAAUAAUAAUAAUAAUAAUAAUAAUAAUAAUAAUAAUAAUGUUUCAUUUAUACCCCACCCAUCUGGCUGGGUUGCCCAAGCCACUGUGGGCAGCUUCCAAGACAUAAAAACAUAAUAAAACAUUAAAAUAAAACAUUAAUAGUAACAAUCUGUCCAGUAUAAAAGUCACGAUAACUUUAAAAUAACAUAUCAAACAAAGCAACAUUCAACAAUCCAUCCGAAUCUAAUAGUAAACAGUAAAAUUAAACAUCAGCAAAUAAUAUAAUUAAACAGUUCAACCACAAUAAAGAAUUACCAAAUAUAAUCAAUAAAAGUAACAACAAAUCACAAUGCAUAAAAUACACAAAACAUACAAAACCAUGUAAAACAGUAGGGGCCAAACUUGGUCCUCCAGCUGUUUUUGGAAUCUGAAAAGGGAAAGUCAGAUUGCCAGUUUCCCUGAGGGUCCUGGGUGCUUAACACAGGGUAUUCCUCUAAGAGCUCUAGGUCAGCCUUGACCCAGAAUACCUGAAGGAGCGUCUCCACCCCCAUCAUUCUGCCUGGACAGUGAGGUUCAGCUUCAAGGGCCUUCUGGUGGUUCCCUCACUGUGAGAAGUGAAGUUACAGGGAACCAGGCAGAGGGCCUUCUCAGUAGUGGCGCCCACCCUGUGGAACACUCUCCCAUCAGAUGUCAAGGAAAUAAACAACUAUCUGACUUUUAGAAGACACCUGAAGGCAGCCCUGUUUAGGGAAGCUUUUAAUAUUUGCUGAAUCCUUGUAUUUUAAUAUUCUGCUGGAAUUAUUAUUAUUAUUAUUAUUAUUAUCCUCCAAAGAAUAGCCUUCCAACCGGGGGCAUGACUGGGAGAUGUGGGGCCCCAUUGGCUUCAUCCCCUCCCUGACGCCUUCUCUUCAUGAAGAUGGUACCCCCAAUUUUUUUGUUCUGCCACUAAAAUUUAGCAGUAGCAGUGCCAGGAAUGCCUCAUGUUCUAGGAAGGGAGGUGAUGGCGAGCCUCACUGGGUGGGCAGGAAGUGGCAGGGCUGUUGGUUGUGGCUGCAGGUGCCAAGCACAGUCCCUGCCCCCACCCCCUGCAAAGAACCCACAGGGCAUAGCGUGGCUGCCACUAUUUGCUUUUCCUAGAGACACCAUUUUGCAGAGCAAAUACUUGGACUUUUGGUUUGCCUUUAAAUAAGAAGAAAAGCAUAUUUUUGCCCCAAGAAAAAAAGAACUGCAAAUUAACAGGAGAGAUGAGAUAAGGUGUUUUCAAAUGUUAUACAGACCUGACAAACCUUCUCUGAAAAUAGACUUUGACCUCUUUACAUUUUUACUAUACUGUUAAUUAAAUUAAGCCCUUUUAGUACAUCCUAGACAAGUGAUUGAAUUGGAAGCAAAUUCCAAUCAAGAUAAUUAGACUGACAUAAUUUAAUCCGUUUUGCUGACUGAUGUUUUUAAAUGGAAGGAACAUUAAAAAAAAAAACAGCAUUGGAUUUACCUUGGAUAAGAAGCCGAUCUAUAUCAUUGCCAUGCCUGCUUUUAAUAAUCAACCACCACUGCAUGUAAUUUCUUUUAUUUAUUUCUGUUCCAUAAAGUAAAUGCAUAAUGCAUAAUGCAGAGACUGAAAUCUUUAUUAUAAUGAAAGAGGAAAGACCUUGGUUUGGGGAAUAGGCUUUUUCUCUUUCAUCCAGCUCAUCAGGGGUCACACUACUUUGGCCCAACCACUAAUCUUUACUCCGUCCCCUGUCCCCCCCCCAACCUCAGGUGUAAAGCAGAUGGGUGUGGCUUGUCCAUAACAGCUUUAUGGGCUAAAUGGACUGGCCCAGAGUUUACCCACCCUCUCUAACAGCAUUAUAUUUUCUUUCCAUUUCCCUCCAUUUUUGCAUUUUGAUAGUUUCUUUUAUUUUUUGGCUAAGGCUUAAGGAAGUUCUCAUAUUUGGCCUCCUGAUGAAAGAACAGGUUGGUGCCUGAUAAAUUUUCCUUAAAGGCAUAUUUCGCUCUGCCCGUGUUGUGUUUCAGCAUGGGCCAGCAAGUAUAAUUCAGAGACACAAGUAUACGCACAGACAUCAACCUGGAUUUCUGUUUUCAAGUCUGGACCAUGAUAUCCUCUGGAAAUUAAGUUAAUGGAAACACAUCAGUUUAAUUUAGGGGUCCAAUAGGUAGGUGUUGGUUAUGCCCAUUGUAGCUUUUAUUUCUAUGACUCUUAAGAUAAAUGAUCUGUAUUCCAGGUGGGUGUAAAACGAAUGUGAACCUUUUCCUAUUAAUUUCUGUUUCUGUUUCGGAGGAAAUGAUAUGGAAGUGUGUUUUUGUUACUUAGCUCAGAAUUACAUUAUGUCUGCAUCAGAGCAGAAGGUCUCUGUUCCAUUUCAUAGAUCCGCCACGAAGUCUAAUAAUGAUUUCUACAGCCUCUGAUUCUUAGUUGAGCAAUGUGACCAGUCUGGGUAGAUCUUCACCCUGCUGUGCAACAUUUAAGCAACCCACUGUUGUUGUUUUUACUUUAUUAAUCCUUUCAGCUGUGAAAUGGUUGCAUGUAAUGGCAUGUUACAUUAUGAAUGUAUUGUGUCCAAUUUAUGUCUCUUUUAGAUUUAUUUCUGCUUUGGAUAAAAAGCAAUAAAGACAGUUUAUAAAUAAAUAACAUGUAUCAUUACUAUCGGAAUUUCAUGCUCACCAAAAUGAAUAAGAGCUCAUCUGGCAUAGAUUGCUUUACCAUUUCCCAGUAUUAUUAUUAUUAUUAUUUUACUGUCAUCAUUGCAGCUAAAAUGCCUAGACGCACUUUGUGAUCAAAAUUGAGGCAGUGAUUCAGCACAAUUCAAACAUUGCCCUUUAUUGUCUUUCUGUAUCCUUUAUAACGUGAGUAUUUCCUUAUCUAGAAAAAGAAAGGGUACAAGGAGCUUCUUUACAGUUAGAUCUAAAUUGUGUAUGACAGCAACAGUGUGGACAUCACUUUCCCCACUUCUGUCCCCCCAUCCCAGCAAUGCCAAACUAAGUGUGAUGUGUAAUGUGACAUUUUGAUCCUCUACUUUCCCCCACCUCCCUUCCCCCUCAUUGGCUGCCACGUGCAGGGGUUCAGGAUCAAUUAGGUUGUGUCACACAAGUUGCUUACUUAGAUGUUGGCAGGGAGUUUUGAGUUGGCAGAUGCUACAGCCCUUUUCAGGUAUGUCAACCAUGAUGGCACUAUGUGAGUGUAAAAGGGAUUCAGGCAGUGCUUUUUUCUGUGGGGGGGGGGACAGGGGUACACAUACCCCUAAACAUUUUGUGAAUCUAGAAGAGAAGUUUAAAAACUUUUUUUAAAAAUUAGUUUAUUCUCUAGCAUGGUGAAUCAUCAGUUCCACCCCCAAUUGGCUGUCUUUUGUCCAUUUACUGUAUUUAUUUUUCCUGAUUUUCCUGAUUGGUGAUUUUCUUGAGUCAAAAUGAGAGUACCCCUAAAUAUUUUUUUAGGGGGGAAAAGGACUGGAUUCAGGACUAUGCCUUUUAGUCUGAUGACUCAAGCCAGCUACCCUGUAUUCUGCUAUAACUGCUGCAGUGGAUAGCCGUUUUUAAACAUAUCCUCAAUUGUGCAAGGAACCCCCCAAAGUGGACAAGGCUCCCUAUCCCAAAAGUUAUCUGAGAAUAUGGAAAGACAACAGUGAAGGAAGGCAUGGCCCCACAGCCUAUUUCAGCUGGGUUUGCUGCUUUGUGGUUGUAAUGUACAGUGGUACCUCGGGUUACAUAUUCUUCAGGUUACAGACACUUCAGGUUACAGACUCCGUUAACCCAGAAAUAUUACCUUGGGUUAAGAACUUUGCUUCAGGAUGAGAACAGAAAUUGCACGGUGGUGGUACAGCGGCAGUGGGAGACCCCAUUAGCUAAAGUGGUACCUCAGGUUAAGAACUGUUUCAGGUUAAGAACAGACCUCUAGAACGAAUUAAGUUCUUAACCUGAGGUACCACUGUAUGAAGAAGGCAUAUGUGUCCCAUAGCAUAACCCAGUACUGCUCUUCUAACCCAAUAAGGAUGUGUCCCAAAUGGUAGAAAUCAAUGGAUGUUAUUGCUUCAUCACCCCCACUGCACAGUUAAAUACAAUUUUUGAAAAAUAGAGCUAUUUUGGAAAGUGAAGUUCUGUUUUGGAAAUUGAAGUUAGAAACAACCUUGUGUAAAACUUGUACUGAGUGAUCUUGCUGAUCUGAGUGUCUAUGAGAUCAAACUAUUUCAAUCUACAUAUACUACUUUCCUCUGAGUAUCAGUCUUACGAACAGAAAUUGGGAUGCUGAAGUAAAACCAUGCUGGCUUCUGUGCUUUUUGAGGGGUGUGUUCUCUACAGGGCUGUCUUAAGUAUAUGCGUCGCCAGGGUGCAAAGAUCUGCCUGGCGCCUCCUCCCCAGGUUGCCCAGUCCCAGGCGCACAGGAGGGUGGAGCCAGCCGGCCGCCUCAGCUUCUUGCUGGCUCGGUCACCCCUGAACUCCUGGCGCAGAGCCACCCGCAGCAGAAGAGCCCACUGCAGCGCUCCGACCGACGGGCCGGCUCUUCCCCAGACUCAACUCUCAGGUCCCGAACUCUCAGCCUGGCGCCCCUGAGAGCCCGGUGGCCGGGUGCCCUGCACCCUUAGCACCUAUGGAUAAGACGGCCACGGUUCUCUAGUAUUGUAAAGUGCAGUAUCAUUAACAAUUUUGCUGAUAAACCUAUUAGGCUGAUGGUGUGUUCUAGUCUCUUAAAGGGUUUGAUUUCAUCUUUUUCCUUUACAAAGCAUAGCUGUGUGGGAAGGGGGAGUGUGUCCUCAGUUAGGAUUAUGGUACAGAGAAGAUGAGUUACCCCUUUUUGCUCUUUUCCUUUUGGAAACGGCCCCUUGAUGCAAAUGUUUUCCCCAAUUGAUAAAACUUAUUGUUAAAAACUCUCCCUGACCAUGGUCUUGAUCCAUAUCAGCUCCCCCACCGACUGUGGGUGCAUUUUAACAGAGGAAAAAUAUGUUGCGAGUUCCAGUCAUGGAACUGCUGCAUCACGCUUAGUUUGACCUUUCAUAAUCAUGUAAACUAGUUCUUUCAAAUGCAUAGCUGAUAAAGGCUUGAAGGAGGAUAUAAAAUGAUAGCAUUUAAGAGUGAUGAAGAAAGAUGAUAACAAGACAUACCAUCUUUAAAGAUUUUUCCACAUUUAGAUUGAUAGCAUAUUGACACAAUGUAAAGAAUAAUGUUAAAUUAUUGUCACAUUGCUGCUUAAAAUGCUGUGUAUUUAUGCUCAAGAAAUGAAAUUCUUACUUGCUGUUUGUUCUGACCUUAAUCUUAAUUCUUUUCUAGAUUCUAGCUUUGCGUGAACAAAAUGCACACAUUCAAAGGAAAAUGGCAUCAGGAGAGGGUCCUACUGACUCAGAGCUUAUCAAAGGAAUGGAGCCUGGACAAAAAGUUCAUGAAAAGGUAUAAAGUAACAGCUUCCCUUUGAGAGUCUUCGUCAUUUGAAAAGUUCAAAUCAAAGCCCACUGCUCUAAGCUCCCAAAUCCAUUUCUGCCUUCUAAGAUGAACUUAAUGUGAUGAAUAAAACCUGGCACCUAUGCAAGAUGAGUCGCUAGUGUAUUCUGAAUCAAUGCCUUGAGCAGUCUCUUUUGUUUAUGCCCUCCUACAGAAAUUAAAGCUGCUUCUUUCUAAUUAAGAUAGCAGUGAAGAAGUUUCGUACAGCAUCUGAUUGCAUGGCGAGGCCCCGAGCCCCACCCCAUUUCUUUGAUAAUGAAACACACACACACCAAUAUUUUGGGUUAAUGGGAUAAAUAAGGCCACAACUUUAUUGAUUACAGAUGUGAGCGGUAUUGGCUUAGGCAUUGGAACUGAACUGACUAUAUCUGACUCCUGCCGGUCAUGCAGGUAGUCUCAUAAGGGUAAACUAUCAGUAGGGGGAGCCCUGUUGAUGUACAUCAACUGCAAGUUCCCCCAGGCAUGGCCCUAGCCCUUACCUGGGCUUUGGACAGGAACCACACACCCAGAUCCCUGUAACAGAAUACCCUUAAAGAGGAGGGGCAGGUGAAGGCCGCAACCUCCCCUCCCAUAAACCAGGUUUACCAAUGCCUAACCGCCAAACCUUUCUAGGUUUUGACGAUUACUACAAGGCAGGCGAAAACCACAUGGCUGGUGCCAAUUUGCCAAGUGGGAAAAUUCCUACCUGGCCCCUUCAACAGGUGACCAACUGUGGUCCAUAGCAAGGCCAAGAUGACGAACGCAUGAAAACAGGGCGGGAGGGCAGGAGAUCCGACGCAGGAGAAGAGGAGACUGAGCCCUGGCCGCGCAGAUGUUUAAAUCAGGUAAACCACACCCCUGGUCGACCAGAUUGGUCAGCCGUAGGGUGUGAUGCAGCCGGGACUCCCAAUGACGCGGGCGGCAUUGCCACGCCCACCCCCACCCCUGCUGUACACGGGAAGUGCUUGUGGCCAGCUUGCAACUCUGCCCUCCUGGGAGGGUGAGUGGUUCUAUAGGAACUUCAUGUAUAAAUGAACUUCAUGACCUCAUUAAGCUACAGAACGGAUCUAUUGUGAUCCAAGCGCUGACGCUGCAAACCAUUUCGAUAUUCUAAAGUCAGUGCUAGGAAAAUCAGCCUUAACGUGUGGGGUUUGGAAACGGUCCCUCAAAAGGGUUCUGCCAGUAUGCCUUAAACUGAAGCUUUUUAGCAGUAGGUCUAAUACAACAUCAAUGUGUGAGAUUUUCAGCUGUUCUUUAUUCCAAACAUAUUUUUAAAAAUAAAUAAAUAUUUCUUAGCAGCCGAAAGACAAUUUUAACAUUCCUCACAAGCAAAUCUAGGGAUGGAAGGUGAUUGAAACAAUUCUACUUGCGCUUCUUAUAGCGGUGAUGUAAAAAAAUAAUAAUCAAAGGUGUUUUGUAGCAGCUUGUCAUCUUAGCAGCUUCUACUGCCUUUUGAAACUUUCUAGUUUCACUUUUGAUACCCACUUCUUGUCAUGUGUAGAUAAUUUAUGGUACAUGAAUGGAGCUCUUCAACCAGGGGGAAAUCUCUUUUUCAAGUUGAUCAUCUGCAUAUUUUUAUGCAAGGAAGUUACAGAAUUGUUUCCAGCAUUAGUGUUUCUGUGUUAAUACCAUGCAAUACUUUGAAACGAUGACAAAGAACUGUGGAGUCUUUCUCUGAAAGACAGUGCAAGGCAGUUCAGGGAAGAGACAUAUAGGGAGCUAUCACUGACCUUCAGAGGUUGAUUAUAACUUGGAGAAAAUUUGCUUCAAGGAAUUGAUGCAAUAAUUUUGUGGUUUAUUAAAUAUAGUCAUUAUGCUUGAUGUGUAAAACAUAGGUCAAAGGCUUGAUCCUUGCCCUCCGAGGAUUUACAUUCUCAACUAGAAAAUCAAUACAAUUCUAGCCCAAAAUGUAGCUGUUCAUAACAAUAUGGUUUAGUCUAAGAAGCAACGCAUACACUGCCUGUGUUUUUGAAUUCUUUACUUCGUUCAGUGGAUGGUUAUUGAUAGACUUUACUGAAAAACUAUGUGUGCAUGGAAUUUGAUCAAAACAUCUACUUGUUUGGCACAUAAGAUUGGCAAAAGGACUUACAAGGAAUGCAAAAUGGACAAAGGAGAGGUAAGGAGUCCCAGGUGUAAUAGGCAUUGGGUGGGGAGAGGAUGAAAGCAUCUGAGAAUUAUUUUGAAAAGUUACAUCUGAAGCAAUAAUGUGAAAGUCCACAGAGAGAUGCGUGUGGAAUGAGAUGUGUAGCUGUCUUGAUAGGUGUGUUGUGAAUUGUGGGCAAGGAAAAAAUAUAAUGUGGUCUAGUAAUACAUUUUUAAGCUUAGUAAUUAUUGUGGACUGUAGAGAAGACUGGAAUGAUUUAUUUAGUCGCACAAUCUUACCACCUUGGGAAGGGCUGUGGCUCAGUGGGUAGAGCAUCUGCUUUGCAUGCAGAAGUUUCCAGGUUCAGUCCUUACCAUAUCCUGGUAGAGCUGGGAGAGAGCACAGUCUGAAAUCCUGAAGAGCUGCUGAGCUAGAUAAAGUAAAGAUCUGGCUCAAUACAAGGCAGUUUUUCUAUUUUCUAUUCAUGAUGCUUUGUCAUCUCUGCACUCUUCAGUUUGGAAGACAAGUGGUGUUGGUUUAUGUGCUUUAAGACAAAAGUGAUAAUUGUAUUUUAUUUUCAUUUUGGUUGGCUUGUAGUGUUUCUCUUGUUAGCCACCUAAAACUCUUAAAUUAGAGAGCGAAUAAUAUUUUACUUUCUGGAUCGCUGUUCCAGGAACAGGAGAUGUAGCCCCAGUUUGGUUGGGUGUUUUAUAAUGUUCACAUUUACACGUGUUAAAGGUUAAAUAGAUUGAGAUAUUAGCCUCAAGGCCAUAAUGCCAGGCUGUUGAAGAAUUAAAUGUUUAUCCAACAAAAUAAAAUAAAAAGUACAUGAUUAUAAAAUAGUGGAAAGUUCAUUAACACCAUGUCUCUUGAUGCAGAUGGUAUUUGCAAGUUUUAAGGUUUGAGAAUCUUAGCAGGAAUAUGAGAAUCCAGAGAUGGGGGAAUAACUAAGAACCUCUGGAGAACUGAACAUAAAUAAUGCAUCCCAGUCUUAUGAUCACUUAAAUCUUAUUUCCAGCUCAGGUAAGCAUGCAUAGUAUUGCAGCCUUAAUAUUAUGGCAGCUUUAUUCACUUUUAUUCACACUGUAAAGCAUUGCCAAGUCAUAAAUGUGUUUAAACAAAUUUAGGAAGUAUAGUCAUAUGCAAGAAAAUACAGAUCAGAAACUACAGACAAAUAGAAAAGUCAGUCUUGCAAUUCAUGAACUUGAAAUAUCACUGCUUUAUCCUCAUCUAGAAUCUAGAAUUUUUUGCCCAUUACAUUGCUAAUAUCUGCAAUUCCUCCCUCUCUCUGCCCUGGCAUGUUUAAUUUUAAUUUCUUAGUAUCCAAUGACAUUCCUGCUCAUUUUGAUAGGUAAUUGGGGGCCGUAAAAGAAAUUUUGGCUAUAUACGUCCAUAUAUUGAGCCUCCAUCUGAUUGCAGAUACAUUGUCUAUUAGACACUAGUUUGCAGUUGCUGCUGUGUUUUGAUCUAGGGAGAGAGGGGAGAAAUAGCACAUUAUCGGCGUGACUUUCCUUUUCUGGCAAUUUAGGAAGGGAAGACCAUGAUCAUGCUUUCCUCUUCUUCUCUUCUCUUACAAACCAGUCUCAGUUUGAUAGCGUGUGCUGGUUGUUUCCCCCCUGGACCUCUUCCACGUUUAAUCUCCAUUGCGCUUUGUGGCACAAGUUCCCACAGGGUAUUUUUGAACUUUGAUUUUCUCCAUGGCCUGCCUGCUUUGUUGUAGCUAAUACCAUCACUGAUAUCAGAUUUGCUUGAUAACACUUUCAUCUCUCUCUUUCUCCCCCGGGCUAUUACUACUAUAUUUGGACAGCUAUUAAAGCUCUUUUCCAACAAAGAACUCGGCUGUGCUUCCACCAUAUAUGGGUGCUGAUUUCAGAGAUGCACCACAUUCUUGAGACUUGCUGCUGCUUUUUAGGGUGACUUAGGAAGGGGGGGAAGUUGGCACAAUGAAAGUGGCUCCCUUUUCCCUUUGUAAGCAUUUAACCAGCAAAAUUCUUGUCAGUAUGAUGAGUGGGAGUGGGUAGUAAUAUGAAGCCCACAAAUCGCCCUACCCAAAGUGGUACAUAUAUUUAUGACACACAGCUGGCAUUUCUCUGUGUAGGCAAUGCCUAACUUCCCAACAAUGCUACUCUUUUCAUAAAACGUUUACUCUUUUUUUCUGUUUUUAUCAAUCAUACCAUUUUAAAUUGUGUUGUUAUAAGCUGCCUUGCACAUUUCCUGGAAAGGCAGUAUAUGAAUAUUAAAAUAAAUAAAUCCAUAACAUGCUGAUACAGCAUAAAUAGUGGCCUGUAAUCUUCUCAAGGUGAGGUCUUCGUAUAACUCUUUGACUGGGACCACGUGUGCUGUAGAUUGUUACAGUAAAGUCUUGUGAGAGUAAAAUUGCCUUUACCACUUCAAAUUGCAACCACAUACACAUAAACACACAAACACACACAGUCACAUAUGAGCUGUUAACAUGCCUAAUAACCACCCAUUGUGCACCAGGAGAAUGUGCACAUAUUCCUUCCAUGAAGAAAACAAUGUGCACAUUACAAAAUAUGAAUUUUAUCAAAGUAAUUGUUGAACUGAAAUACAAUUAAGAAGUAUAUUAAUAGUGAAAUACAAUUAAGAAGUAGUAUAUUAAUUGUGAAAUAAUUAUUAAGCUCUAACUUAAAAUGAUUUUUUAUAUGAUUAUUGCUUUCAUUUUAUGGAUCAAAGGUCUCGUUAGAUAGUAAAAUUAAUAUUAAAUUGCUGUUUUAGGGUUGUUUUUAAAAGUCUGGAACGGAUUAAUCCAUUUUGCAUUACUUUCUAUUGGAAAGCAUGCCUUGGUUUUGGAAUGCUUUGGUAUAGGAACAGACUUCCGAAAUGGAUUAAGUUUGAGAACCAAGGUACCACUGUAUAUAGAAAUGAGCAAACCAGUGGUAUUUUAGGGAGCAGGCUAGCAGGCGGGGCCCAUUAGUUACAUCAUAGGAACCUACACAACACCAAACAAAACACUGUUGCUGUAUGUAGGUUUUAUUUUAUUUCAUUUUUUAUCUUAUAUUUUGGAAAUGUACAUCCAGGUUUUUUUUUCUUUAAUUUGUUUGGGGGCCCCAAGAGAGUGGGGCCCUAAGCUUUAGCUUGUUUAGCUUAUAUGUAAAUCUGGCACUGCUUCUGGCCCACUACCUAAUUUUACAUGGCCCACAAUAUAUAUCACCACCCUCAAUCAGUGAAACAGCAAGAAACACUUUUUGUCACUUGGUCACUCCGGUCUUCUGACAUGCAUACAACCCAUAAAGUGGCCAGGAGAACACACCACACUGAAAACCCAGGGUAGUGAAAAGAUACAUAGUCAGAUUUGAUUUUUGUAUAUGAAAUACUAGGGUGCUGAUUUUUUAAAAAGUGGAGGCCAAUGAAAAACUGUAUAUAAAGCAUUAUUAAUCCACAGACAAGUACUAAUAAAAUGAACUGGACUCACAAUCCAACACAGCUCUUCUUUUUCUUCCCUAUGAGCAGUAUUGAGUGGCUUUUAGCCAACAUCCAAUCAUAUACAAGAACACAGGCUCUUCCAAGUGUCAUAACUGAAUGGGCAACACAAAAAGCAGCAAAAGUAAGCUAGACUUUCACCAGUAAGAGGAAUCUACUCAGCUCAGUUGGCCUAUUCUGAGAGACAGCCAGUCAGCUUUGAAAGACUCAGUUAACCAUCUCUUCUUCCAGCUAGGGGGUCUUGUAGAGGCAAACUGUUUAACUCUGUGCUAUUGGGGACAUUGGAAAAUCAACAUGGAGUGAUGGAGUACAUGUAAGACAUUUAAAUUAUAAGUUGAUUAGUUAAUGUGUUUUAUCGUCUUUGGUAGCUGCUGAAAAAUAAGUGAUUCACUGUAGUAGGUGUGCUUGUUUGAAUGCCAAAUUAUUAAAAUUGCUUGCCUAGGCUCUUUAAAAAAAAAUCUUAAUUUAACAAUGCUAGUACUACAUCAUCAAGUCCCCCACCAAGUGUUAUAGUCAUUUAAUUAACUGUUUGCAUGGCUCAGCAUAUCCUCCAAAAGAAAAAAAUGUGCUUCAUUUGAAGACCAAAUUAGCUGGCACUGGUCUACAGCAAAUCCAUCCCGCAGCUGCCUAUCACCCUAACUGGCCAGCUGGGGCUAUUGUAGGACAACAUGUAGACAUUGGCCAUGCUGAUUCAUAAAUAGGUUCCCUUUAACAGGACAGCAGUGUAGACUGUAGUCAUGUACCCAUGUUGGCUGUAAAGGUUGGUAUGGUACCCCCUUGUUAUAGCUCCCUCCCUUGGCCAGAAGGGGCCACUGCAGCACAUACAUAUCAUCAUUAAGUCCUAAGAAUGCUCAUGGAAAUCAUGGUGGCAGCCUUCAUGAGUGUGAUAUGGAAAUACUGCUCAAAGAAGCUGCAGCUAUGUGUUCCUCAGUAUCUUUACCACACAAAUGGAUCAUUCAUGAAAGCAGUUAUUUGUGAAAAUGAGCUGAUGGAUAUACCGUAUGAACCAGCUCCAAAACCGAAUGAUAGAAUUUUCAGCUUUAGCUAUUAUCAUUGCACAACAAUAUUCGUGUGAUGGUAGGUGGGGAUUUAUUAUAUUAAUUUGCAAAUACAGCUUAGUUCGGUUCUGUGCUUCACAUAAUAUAAUUCCAGUGCUUGUGUGUUUCCAGCCUAAUGAAUCUCAGACUCUAGAAAAAAAUAUUUAUCUAUUACAGCCAUCAUGAAUGUAAGUCUAUCAGUUUUAUCAGCAGCUGUAAAGAAAUUAAAUUAAUAUGAUAUUUUAAUGCAUGUGCAGACAUCUAUAUUUUUUAAUUGGGUUAAGGCAAAUAGUAAGUUGAACAGAAAAAUAACUGCAAAGAAAAAGCAAGGCACAUACUAUUAUUUCCUGCAGCAUCACUCAACCGUUACAAUAACUGGGAGCUAUACAGCAAAUAUAAGCUUUCAAAUGUAGACUUACCAGAGGUGAGAGAAUAAAAGAGACUAGAUCUUUCACAGGUCUACGUGUUCUGUCAUUCUGGGGGGUCAUAUAAACUGAGCAAGAUUUAUAACACAGACGGAAUGCUAUCUGUGCAAUUACUCGUAUUUGGAGCAUAUCAGCAACUAUGCCCUCUUGUAGUUACACACGAUCCAGAACACAAGUGAUGACUGCUACAGAAAGCAAGAUAACUCCAUGCUUUUCCCCCACUAAAAUGUUGGGGGAGGAAUAUGUGAACAGCUCAGUUGCCAGGUGUGUAUUUGCCCUCCACUAUUGCCUGUGAUGCUUUUGUUGUUGUUGCAACAAGACACCAUGAGAAAAUACUGUAAGGAGCUGUGUUCAGAAAUGGGGAAAGUCACUGAGGAUAGACAUUUGAACAUAGUUGUGUGAGAGUUUUCCUUUAUUUAAAUUAGGUUUGGAGUGCUGCCGUUUUAGGCACCUGGUCUCUCUUUCUGAUAAAGCAUUCACAGCUUUGCGUUUUCAGUGUAUGCCCUCCGCCUAUCUAACGGGAAGAUUUAAUACCACCCCUGUGUACCAAAGACUCUGCAUCUGUGAGUCGGGAGACGUGGAGGACAUUCAACACUAUUUGCUCCGAUGCCCUUUAUAUACAUCCCCUAGACAAAAAUUCCUCGAUUACAUCCUUUGUUCUUUUUCCAGCUGACCUCCCCUUGAGCAAAUCUCUAUUUUGCUACCUGGCAAUAAUGUAUUUAUUACUGCACUAGUUGCAAAAUUUGCUUUGUCUGCAAGUAAGUUGAGAACUAGGUACCAAGACAAGUAUCAUAAUGGGGAGUGUGAGAAGUGAAGUUCUUAACUUAUGCAGGUGUGAUUUUGCAUCUUGGUAAGUCUGUUUUCCUGUUGUUGUUGUUCAGUUUUGAUUCAAUUAUUUGUAUCCCAUGCAAUUAUUUGUAUCCCAUGUGACCAUUUUCCAACUUGUGUCGAAUUGUGAUGGCUUAUAGCUUUUAGCAAUAAAGAUUUCAUUCAUUCUUUUUCUGAUAAGCAGUAGCAAUCUAUUUUGAAGACUUAACCACCGUAGAAAUCUGAAUCACAUGGAAAAGUGCCAACAGUAUAUUCCUGUUGAUUUCAUACACUCCAUUUCUUCACUAAGUUGGUGAAAGUAGGCUAAUGUGAGUGGUCUAUGGUUUGUUUGUUUCUUAAUAGCGUCUGUCAAAUGGCUCCAUAGACUCAAAUGAUGAGACCAGCCAAUUGGUGGAACUGCAGGAACUUCUUGAAAAGCAAAAUUAUGAAAUGGCACAGAUGAAGGACCGCUUGGCUGGAUUGUCUUCCAGAGUCGGGGAGGUAGAGCAAGAUGCAGAGACAGCUAGGAAAGACCUCAUUAAAACUGAAGAACUGAACAGCAAAUAUCAGAGGGACAUUAGGGAGGUAAAAAAUUAUUCCACCUCCAUUUGUUUUCGUUCAUCUGUACAUUCAUUCAUUCCUUUUGAAGCUGAUACAUCUCAAAGUCGAGUUUAGAUUAUAAGCCAUCUAAUGACCUCCUGCUAGCUACAUGAAUAUUGGCAACAAUUGUAAAUUGUAGUCUUUUGAUGUAUUGUUUGUUCUUUUAAGGCAAUGGCUCAGAAGGAAGACAUGGAAGAAAGGAUCACUACCCUUGAAAAGCGUUACCUAAGUGCUCAGAGGGAAUCCACCUCCAUACAUGAUAUGAAUGAUAAGCUGGAAAAUGAGCUGGCAAACAAGGAAGCUCUCCUGCGUCAGGUUCAGUAUCUGGGAUCACUGCUAAGAGACUCUUCAUAAGUGUCCGCUCAUCAUUUAGCUGAAAAGAAAGGCAAAUGUGUGUUCUUGCUAUGAUCUUACUCUGCCAUCCAAAUAUUGGUAGAUUUGGAUCAAAAGGGAAUGAGGACUUUUCUUUCCAGCAAGAGAAGUCAAAGAUAGAUCAGAUUUGGGCCCGGAUCUAUUUUUUCCAGAGCUAAGAUGUUCAAGACAAGGCUAGAACAUAUCUGAUUGUCAAACCUGGCUCUUAUCAAGUCAGGAUGGCAAGAUUCUGGGAGUGAAUCCAGAUUGGGUGAGAUGAAGGAAAAUCAAGGUAAGAUAGAAAGGGAAAGUAUGGCAGGUUUAUAGCAGCAAGCUGAGCUACACAUGAACUAUGCAGGCUGGAUCAUAAACUUUGAACAUCAGUAGAUUUUGGGGGAGGGUGAAUGAUGUGCAGUGCCAACUAGGAAAGUAUCUGUGACUGCAGCAUGCAAGCUAUGUUUGCUAAUAUAAAACAGCCUAAAAUAGUGGUUGUCAGGGAACUGCCAUUGGUUCAGGAGGGAGAGAGGAAAAGCCAAAUGGAUUAUAGAGAACCCCCAGGGAUUGUGGAGAGCAGUUCCUCUUCAACUGAGGAGAGUAAACACGCCUCCAGUGGAGAGGAGCUGCAGGAGUCGGAAGUGGUGAGGCGGUCCCAGGACUCCGUGCCUGGGAGAAGCGGGGAGGAGACGGGUCCUCCGCAACCCACGCCCUCCUUGCGCAGAAAGCAUUCGUGCAGAGAGGGGAGGCGCAGAAUUGGCGUCAAGGAGUUGCUUUGCUGGGGAAAGUUUAAGAACCGCCCACUCACGGAUUCUGCCAGCGAUUGAGUCAGCCACGGGAGAGUGGGGCUCUGGACAGAUAAGGUUUAGUUUGGCAGCAAAAGCAAGGCUUUGCAGCCAAGCGGGGAAAUAUUUGCUUGCUUACUCUCGAGCAACCCCUUGGAAACAUUACAGUGGUAAACUAAGAGUGUGCAAAAAAAAAAAAAUUUUUUGAACUUGCCAUAGGAAGUUUCUUGCUCAUAAGAGUAAGAAACCACUUGAAGGUGAUAUGUCUUGGUUCAUGAGAGCAAGGGACAAGCUACUGAUUGCUCCUAUUUAUAUGUUUUAUUAACUUUCCAGUUUGUUGUAGUGUUCAUUCAUAUUAAUGCUUUUUCGGUACAUCUCUCUAUAUUAACACUUCUUCAGUACAUCUCUAUAUAAAUCAUUACAUGCUUCAUCGGUUGGGUUUGAGAAAUUGAGGAAGAUUUGCUCUUCAAGAGCCAACCAGGAUGAACCAUUGGAAGUCCAAUCCCCUGAGAACGGCAGCAAUUUCCUGAUUCAGCCUUUUAUUUAUUUAUUUAAUCGUCUCAUUUCUGGGUUUCAGAUGGAAGACAAAAAUAGACAGCUGCAGGAACGGCUUGAACUAGCUGAGCAAAAGCUGCAACAAACAAUGCGGAAAGCUGAAACCUUGCCUGAAGUGGAAGCUGAACUGGCUCAGAGAAUCGCAGCCCUGACUAAGGUAUUGUACACUUGAGAGCAGGUGAAUUUCAGAAACACGUUUUCCUUUAACAUUGAUUUUCAUCCCUUUUCCCUUCCUUCAGCACCAUCAGCAGCAAUAAAACCCUGUUUUGGAGCGGACAAGAUGAUUCUACUUAUUGGCACCGUAAAUAAAUACUAAUUACACAUA